AGAGAGAGCGAGAGAGAGAGAGAGCAGCAACAUUACAACAACAUUACCCCUCCUUUUGGACAUUUCACAGUUCAAAAUAAAAGAAAACUACUUUAACUUGUCAUGUAUUUUCCUAUUUUGAUAUAUUUUAAUGACAAGUACUCUUUCUUGGGUAUAUUAUUCCGGGUAAAAAUCACCUGGAGAUAGUGAUAGUGUUCAAGGGUUAAAGGUGUCAUUUUCUCCUAACCUGACACACAAUAAAUGACAUGAAUUUAUAUGGAUUCAUGGGAGUAUGCCAAUAAAAUUGCACGUGAUUGCAUGAAAUCCACUUGUGUGUGUAUGUGCGUGAAAGUGUGUGUGUGUGUGUGCGUGUGUGGUUGCACUGGUUGUAAAUUGAUCCCUCCUACUCUCCUUGGGUAGUUGUGCAGAGGAGGGGCGAGGAGGAGGAGGAAGAGGAGGAGGAAGAGGUAGCCGAAGCAGGAAGGAGAGCAGGCUGAGAGAGAGUGAGGAGAGGCAGGCUGUGAAUGCUAACUAGCCCCCCGUCGGAUUCGUAGGGCUCCGUUGAUAUGGUUCGAUAAAGCGCCUUGUAAUGGAGAAGAAGAACGACGACCACUAUUAAGCACCUACUAUGCGCCAGUGCCGCGUUCGCCCUGUGAGCGUGCAGCAGCCUCACCGUCGUCGGCACGUUCGAUCCGAAAACCCGUCUUUUUUCCGCUGAGUGAAAUGUAUCGCGACUGCUUGGGAUUCACAUUCUGACAAUGGAGAUUGAAAAUAUCGUGGCCAACACGGUUCUCCUCAAGGCAAGAGAAGGUAAGCAAAAAGACAAAUCGCUAAAAAAAAAAAAAUGUAUAUGCGCCCCCCUCCUCUUCCUCCUCCACCUCCUCCUCCUCCUCUUCUCCAGUCCCCCUCCCCACCUCAACGACAUGGCCAUGGACGAGCCUGGGUUCUUGACUGUCCUCCUUGGGAUUUCUGCUUUCACUGGCUCUCAUGUCUGUGCAGGGCUGUAUUUCAAGGCGAAUGCCGAACAUCUCCUGUUUCAAUCAGUUGCUAUCUGCUUGUACACUUGCAGCACUCCUAUUUACUGGGUAUGUUAUCAUAAGGCCCCGCAGGCUUGUUGGAGAACAACGCAGUGUGUUUGCAGUAUCGCGCUUUGACGGCAGCGUUGCAUGUCGGCUGUCGAGCAUUUGUUUCCCCCUAACAAGCACCAGUGGUUUGAUACAUACUAACAGGUUGAGAUGGCCCGGAUUUCUCACGAUCUUCCAAUUACUUGCCAUUGAGUGUUGGGUAGAAUAUAGGCCUAGUUGCGCAGUGAGGCUCUCAGUGUGUCAGUAGCCUCCAGCCUCUUCUUACCUGUCAUUGUAGUUUCCAAUCAGGAAUGUGGAUUGGUAGGGGGUGAUUUUUUUUAUUAUGUAGGAAUAUCCCACUGCAGUGCCAUUUGGACGACAAACCUUAUCUAAGUGGAUGUUUUGGGGUGCAAAAGGGGGAGUCGAAGAAGGCCCGUCGUGCAAGUACCGGAGCGGUCCAGGCUUAAUUGCCCCGGGCGAGCACGCUUCUGUGGGCUAGUGAUCCCGCAGCGGUUCACCUGGAGGUGGAGAGAGGCGAGUUUCCAUCUGGUGGAGUAGAGAGGCGACUCUGAAGCCAGUGAGUGGGCGCAGGGUGGGCGUUAAGCGCUGUAUCAGCUGCCGAAGGAGGGUUACACAGGCGUUUCUGCAAAGAGCUCAACUUUUUUCUCUUUCAAACGGAUUGGACCCGCAGCCUCCGGUGAUGUGCGGGGUGAUUAUUCCCCCCCUCUACAGUAUAGACGAUUCAAGUGCGUGGGCCUACAUGGCUCUGGGGUCGCGGUUCUCCGCGCGUAUGGAGGGGGCUCCUCUGCGUGUGGUUUGCAUUCAGACUAUGUUUCAGUCCGAGACUAAACGGCAAUAGUAAUGUGAAUAGGGAUUAUUUACAACAACAGGGAAUCCAAUCCUCAAUUCCACUUGAGGACACAUACCUUGUAUUUACCUUGCGAGAAAAUGGUGCUUGGCAUUGUCAUAAUGUUGCUCUAGGAGUUUGCAUUUCACCAACCAGAUCCACAGGUUCUGGACCUGUAAGUGUCCCCGGCCUUCUCUCCUGAGGGGCCUCACGAUGCUUGCAGUGAGUAGUAGGGAUGCGUGCACCAUGCAGAGGGAAAGGCAUUAUUAUUUUUUAACUUUAAAUACACAACCACUCAAAUAACCCCACAAAACAAAACCACAAAGUCAGUAUAUAUGUUACCUGUCUCCUACUGCCAGUAAAAUUAUAAUUUUCAGAAAGUAAAAACACAGUCACAGCAUUUAAGGAAAGUGGAUUACAUUUUCAAGAUGGGUCUUUAAAUACCGUUGAUAAACCUUUAAUCUGUGAGUAUUUUCCACGGAUUAAAAUCAAUGAUUUAGUAUGAAUUUUACUAGAUCAGAUCAGGGGCAACAAACAAGUACUGUAAGGCAAAAAACUGCAAUAAAACGGUAUUAAAUAUGAAUAGAGGGAAUAUUGAUUUCCGCUAUUUCAGUUACAUUAAAUAACCGAAUAUUUGAGUCACGAGUUAAAUGACUGAAAUAACUUUAUUAAUGGUCCUUAUUGAGGAGCUCAUCAGAGGUAUUUGUGGUGUUUUCCAUAUUAAUAAAUACUAAGAACAGUCGUAAACACUACUCAGAGUGUGGAAAUGGUUUUUCCUUCUUUUGGUAGAUGAUAGAUCAAAACGAUACCCAUGUUUUCGCAGACUCAUUGGGUCAGAACCAUUAAUAUUUAUAUACAGUCAGUCGUUUUGUUUGUGCAAAGUCAGCUGCACUUUCACUCAAGGCCUUUGUCUGCUUGACGAAAGAGUACAGAUCCACUGUUACUAGAUCCCAGUGAGAGAUGACUCCAUUCACAAUGGCUCUAUCUGUUGUAGUUCUAUACUGUGAGGAGGACUGUUACCCCAGUCUCAAGAAAAGGAAAACAAGUUUGCCUCCAUCCACCCUAAGGGUCAGCAGAUUGUAGAUACAGCCUCUGAUUAGUUGACAGUAGUGAUGGGAAUUACGGCUCUUUUUAGCGAGUCUGGUCAUUUGGCUCAGCUCCCAAACAACGCUUCAUUUUACCAUGAAUACAUUUUCUAAGUCAGCCAAAUUUAGCGUCGUUUGGCUUAUGAUGUGUACGUAUGUGCACACACAUCUCUUAAAUAAUUCAAUACAUCCCUUGUACUGAAGAAUUCACUAGUAAAAUUGACAUUUUCUAAUAUCAGUAAAUUGCUGUAGCAAAUUAUUGUCAUUGCAUUUUCAGACCCUUGUAACUUUUUGAAUGCACUGACUUGCAUGUAGAACCACUCUGCUACAAUAGGCAGAUAGAUAUCCCGUCAUUUUGCCUUGUAGUUUAUUUCUAUGGUCUGUAGGGGAGAAAAAAGAGAGAAAAACAAACGUCUCACAGAUAGGAGCCGGCUCCUAUUGUUCAUGUUAAAGAGCCGGCUCUUUGAACAGGUUCGUUCGCAACCAACACAUCACUAGUUGACAGACCAAAACAACGAUGGCAGCCUCUGUUUACAACCAUCAGCUAGCAAAAAAAACGGGAUGUCCCGAUACAACUUUUGGCUUCCGAUAAGAUACCGAAAUUGUAGCCUUAAAUACUGACCGAUACCAAUAUUGAGCCGAUAUUGGCACAAAAUUGUGCAAGACAAGUUUUUCACUCAGCCGCAAUGUCUUUUUCGGACUUCAACGAAAAAUACUGCCACAAGGCCAACAUCACUCCUACUCCUUGCUACUUUGUUAGUACCUUAGUACACACUGUUGUGGUGAUCAUGUGGGGUCUACAUGUUCGAUCCUGUCGCUGCUAGAUAGAGGUGCUGGAGCGGAGUCUGGAAUGGACUGCUUGUAUCGGAGUGCUGAUGUCGGAAAUUUUAGAUACAGGCUGAUAUAAUCAGAUUUUCUUUUUUUGCUGAUAUCGCACUGAUAUCUGAUAUCAAUCUUUACAGGAUACUUAUGUUUUUGAGGAAUUGGAUCCAGAUCAUAUUAUAACUGGGAAGCCAGUGGCCAGAUAGAGCGAGAGGAUUUCUCAGUUGGUUUCAGAGCUGUGAAGUCAGUUUUAGACCUGAUAAAUCAAACGCAACAUUAUAAUACCAUACAUGACAACUCAGAGGAUUCGACUGUGUGUUUGUUCUCUUUAAUUUUGUGUCAGAAGUAUAGAAAAAUGUCAUCCCCUCUUUGAGUUUAACUUUUGAAAGACAUGUAAUGAUGGGUGGACUUCACCUUGUGCUCACUGUCCCACACGCACAGUGGACCGAACCAGUGUGGGACAAACGAAGGGUGGGUGAUCUUUGAAUGCUUUAAAACACAUUUUUGUGUCUUCAAUUGACACAAAUAAUCAUAAACUUCUACUUUUACAAUUAUGUGACUAUUGACUAUUACAAUCCCCUGACUCUCUAGGAUUUCAGACCCCCUGUGGCCUUUGGGUGAAAAAAACACCUUGAGCAAUGACAGAAUCUUCUCAUCUUGUUCUCUUGCUCAUUUUGAUGCUUUUGUGUCUUUAGAUUAAAAGGGAAAACUCAUUCUUUUAAGCUCCCAGUCAAGCUAAGUCCAAACUACUCCGUGACCUGAAAUAAUGAUGUUGUCAAACACACCUGUAGCAUGUUCUUCUAUAACUUGUGUGGUCACGUUACCACGGGUUAUUCUUGUAGUUGUGUUUAAUUGCACAAUGUAAGACAGAAUAAACAUUAAAUCUGCAUUUGUUACACUGCAGCCACAGAAAAUUGACAAUGGUUAUCAUGUCAAAGAGUGCAAUGGUGAUUGGUAUCAUUGCUUUAAGAUAUUGGCGCCCAUCCCCCGGCCUUUCUCAAUCACCUUCUUGCCAAACUGCACCAAAACCUGAGGAGACUCAGGUGAUACUGAAACUCCAGGAAUUCAUCUCGCCUAUUUAAUGCAAGAAAUUCAGUCGUAAUGUUAAUUUUGUGUGGUGCAUAAACAUGUUUUUUUGAAUAAUUCUCCACCCUGUCACCUCCACAUCAGUGACAAGAUCUCACAAGUCUGUCAGAGCCUCAGAAACAUCCAAGUAUGGUCAGAAGAUGCUCAUAACCGUGGACUUUUCAGCCGGCCUUUAAUACCUGUUGGUGCGAAACUGGGUGGUCAAAGUGAGAAGUAUUAUGACAGGGUGUGCCCAGUCUGCAGGAGUUGAAAUGACAUGUCACGGGAAGUGGUUUUUGUGUGCUGCAGAGAUGACGCUCCUCACCACUGUAGCUGUGAAAAUUGUCACACGCACUACUUUACAUGAGUAGAGUUUUUAGAUACUUCCUUUAAUCUGCAAAAGGUGAUAGUUGCAUGAAUCGACAAUCUUCAACAAACGGAGGAAGUUCAGAAUAUUUUCAAACAGGUUUGAAAGAGGGAUUCUCAGAUAACCAUCAAGUUGCAGUGUCAAUCGGCUGUAUCAUGCUGUACCAUGGAGCUGUUUACAUUACAUGCAGACAGCUGAGCAGAGUGAAACCAGUAUCUGAAGGACAAAAUGCAGCAUUAAACAGUAGGGGCAUAAAAAAAAGACCCUAAAGGGAUACUCCGGCGUAAAAUUAAGUUAUGGUCAAACACACCGUAACACCGAGUUAGACACCCCCUCGAGAGAUGAAUGUUGCCGACUGCUUGCUUCUCUAGUUAUACCAACUUUAGUAAUGACCGCACAAUAGCAAUACACAGCGGUCUACGUUCCCACGCGCAAACCUCAACCAAAAUGCCACUCUAUAGCCUCAAAUAAUGCUCAGAACAGCACCUGACUUCAUCAGCAGUACAUAUACACUCACCGGCCACUUUAUUAGGUACACCCGUCCAACUGCUCGUUAACACUUAAUUUCUAAUCAGCCAAUCACAUGGCGGCAACUUAGUGCAUUUAGGCAUGUAGACAUGGUCAAGACAAUCUCCUGCAGUUCAAACCGAGCAUCAGUAUGGGGAAGAAAGGUGAUUUGAGUGACUUUGAACGUGGCAUGGUUGUUGGUGCCAGAAGGGCUGGUCUGAGUAUUUCAGAAACUGCUGAUCUACUGGGAUUUUCACGCACAACCAUCUCUAGGGUUUACAGAGAAUGGUCCGAAAAAGAAAAAAUAUCCAGUGAGCGGCAGUUCUGUGGGCGGAAAUGCCUUGUUGAUGCCAGAGGUCAGAGGGGAAUGGCCAGACUGGUUCGAGCUGAUAGAAAGGCAACAGUGACUCAAAUAACCAUCCGUUACAACCAAGGUAGGCAGAAGAGCAUCUCUGAACGCACAGUACGUCGAACUUUGAGGCAGAUGGGCUACAGCAGCAGAAGACCACACCGGGUGCCACUCCUUUCAGCUAAGAACAGGAAACUGAGGCUACAAUUUGCACAAGCUCAUCGAAAUUGGACAAUAGAAGAUUGGAAAAACGUUGCCUGGUCUGAUGAGUCUCGAUUUCUGCUGCGACAUUCGGAUGGUAGGGUCAGAAUUUGGCGUCAACAACAUGAAAGCAUGGAUCCAUCCUGCCUUGUAUCAACGGUUCAGGCUGGUGAUGGUGGUGUCAUGGUGUGGGGAAUAUUUUCUUGGCACUCUUUGGGCCCCUUGGUACCAAUUGAGUAUCGUUGCAACGCCACAGCCUACCUGAGUAUUGUUGCUGACCAUGUCCAUCCCUUUAUGACCACAAUGUACCCAACUUCUGAUGGCUACUUUCAGCAGGAUAAUGCGCCAUGUCAUUAAGCUGGAAUCAUCUCAGACUGGUUUCUUGAACAUGACAAUGAGUUCACUGUACUCAAAUGGCCUCCACAGUCACCAGAUCUCAAUCCAAUAGAGCAUCUUUGGGAUGUGGUGGAACGGGAGAUUCGCAUCAUGGAUGUGCAGCCGACAAAUCUGCGGCAACUGUGUGAUGCCAUCAUGUCAAUAUGGACCAAGCUCUCUGAGGAAUGCUUCCAGCACCUUGUUGAAUCUAUGCCACGAAGAAUUGAGGCAGUUCUGAAGGCAAAAGGGGGUCCAACCCGUUACUAGCAUGGUGUACCUAAUAAAGUGGCCAGUGAGUGUAGGGUCCUAGCCAUAGUACUAGCCACCAAACAUAAUUUUAGCUUUGCCUAAUUUCUUUAGCAAAGAGACUAAACACAACUCACCCACUCUCCUCCAGCAGCCGCUUGUUUGUGUCAGCGGAUCAUUUCCUGAAGUAACAAUUAUCAUAUUAAUCAUUUUGCACUGCAGACACUGUAGUUCUUCUGUCUUAGCAUCUCAGUCCGGUUGCAUUUCCAUGAAGUAAUGAUCAUAAAUGUUCUUCCUUGAGCUCGGAAACUCCGCUGCACUCAGUUAUCGUCGCGUCAGGGCUCCCUCACAAACAAGCGGCUGCUGGAGGAGAGUGGGUGAGUUGUGUUUGGUCUAACUCAGUGUUACGGUGUGUUUGACCUAACUUAAUUUCACGCCAGAGAAUCCCUUUUAAGGGUUGAAAGUGUGGGAGCCAUUCACCAUUCACCCAUGCUGCUACUUUCUCAGAGAGGUUAUUAUCUGUUCACGUCGACGCAAUCUUUGCUGCAGCUUUUGUGUGACAGUGAAAGAAAUGCUAAAACUAAACAACAGGAAAUAACAGCACAGGAGACAAGCUACUUUACAGUAUGUGAUCGUUGUUAAAGUUCUGAAUUUUGUAUAUCACAUAACAUAAUAAUAUUAAUUCUAACAAUAAUAAUAGAAGAAGAAAAAUAUAUUUACUGUACCCCUCAUUUUAUUGAUAUUUAGCACCAAAUACUGUUUAAAGCACUUGGGAUCAUUCAGUAAAACUGUUAAGACUGUUUGUCCCAAAGUUUACCCUGUUUAGACACGCUGCAGCACCCGAACUGGCACAGCACCCUAUUUUGACAGAGCAGAUGGUGGAGUGAAGUCAGUUGAGAGAAAUUUUGUUUACUUUUAAGCUGUAGAUUAUCAUGUCUCCAUUGCAAGUGUUUUCCAGAGCUUUUUAAUAACAUAAUUUUAGGACCCUGUUGAAUAAGUUUACUUUGAUGUCAGGUCUAGAAAUAGGAAAAGAGAUUAUUCUUCUAGCUUUAAGUUCGCUCAUAUUUUGACAAGGAAAGGAGUGAGGGAUAAGUUACCUCUGGGAAACAUAGAUGAGAUUUAUUUUCUUACCUUUGCUGAGUUAAGUCCCCACUAAGAUCAUGUCAAUACUUCAACAUUGCAGUAACUGAGUUCAGAGUUAAAUUUCACCUUUCAUGAGCAGCAUCUUCACGCAAUAGGACUUAUUUUAUGUGGCUGUUCAAUUUAAGUUUUUGUUACCUUUCUUUUUUGGCACCACUAAAAUUUCUAAAAGUAAAAAUUUAUAAUUACUUUACAGAUGAAUUAAUGAAACUGACUUAUCCAGAUAAUGAUGGAGUGACUUCUACACUGCUGUAUGAGAGUAUGGGAAUAUCUAAAAAGUUGCUGCAGUUGGAAAUUAAAUCAGAAACACUUUUCAGUCGAGACAACAAGACGGUUGUUUGGUGUGCAUUUAGCCUGGUGAAAGUUUUAGGUUAUUAUGCACUUGGAUUCAGCCCAAAGUUUUCAAAAACUUGAUGACUGUUUGUGCUCUCUCUUCGUUUAUUAAAUUCUGCCUGUAAUUUUGCAGCCGCAGUGUGCAGAUUUUAGUUGGAUCUAGCAGACCAGACUUGGUGGAAAUUGAGUCUUAUUUCAUUACAUUUAACUUAGCGUAUAAUCGCUUGAAUAGAAGUCCUCUUGUUUUGUAGAGGCCGCCGUCUUAUACUGCCAUGUUUCUGCAGAAGUAGUCAGGGCCACAUAGGAUUAUUGUCGUAAACACAUGAAGAAAGUAGAAGGUAUUGAUUAUCGUGUGCACUUUGAUUAGUAUUGAUAGGAGUGGUUCGAACUUGAAUAGUGAAGGAUCAUAUUUAACAGCUUCUUAUCCUCAAGGGCUGCAAGAACACCAGAGGUGAGCAAAAGAGCUCAUGUGAAAUCUGUGUAUACAGUGUGCCUUAAAAGUAAGUUAAUUUUGGGAAUAAGUACAGAAAGUAUGUGGAGGAUGAAAUUGGACUUGGUGAUUUGGCAAAAAAAACGAUCAAAAUAUAUUUUGUCACAUCGUCCGAUCUCGAUUAUUAUCAUGAUUUUUUUUUGUAUUUUUUAAACUGCUAGUUUUUAAGCAUCUGGACUAAAAACUAAAGAAACUAUAGAUUAGUUCAACAUUUUAUUACCAUACAAAGUAAAUAACAAAGAAAAUUAAAUGAAAUAAACUUAGAAAAAUCUAAAAACCAUUUUAACUCAACAGUACAACAAAUGUGGAUAAAUACUGAACAUACAGUGAACUAUUUUACAGUCCUGAGUGUUUUUGCAGGUAUUUAAGACCCAAAAUAAACAAAUGGCCCCCUCAGGGAUAAUGAAGAUGCCUUAAAAAGUAAACGUUAGAUGAUGUAAAUGUAGAUGAUACCAUUGAUUGCUGCUUUGGUCUGUUGGCUGCACCGCUAGUUGUGGCUAAACUGCUAAUGCUACUUGUGCAGACUCCGCUCGCAUUUUCAUGCUUUCCAUAUAAUCACUCAGGAAGUACUUCUUCAAAUGAUUAAACAGAUCUGUUGUGUUACUGGUUUUGGAGCGCGCCAACAUACCUUGCACAUCGGCUUAAUUGCUUGACGUCACUUUGGAGAUACCUGAACCACCGCCACACAGCCGAUGUUGAAUAACUUUUCUUCUCAACAAUGGCAUCUUUGGAGGAUAACUCAAAGUCAUGGCAGACAUCUUUUUUGCUGCCCUCAGCUUCGCGUUCGCUCAUUCUGUUUACUUCUCUGGCAACUUACAGAAGAGAGCAGAAAAAGCUCGACUCUGAUUGGCUGUUGUGACACACAUUUUCACCAUGUUUGAUCAAGAUAAUAUGCUCACAGCUCACUGUGAUCGAACUGAAAUUUAUCACGAUCAUAUAAUCGCCCAGUCCUAGGAUGAACUCUAAAUGAAUUCGUUAAGUUAGAAAAAAACAGACAAAACAACUAUACAUUGUUGUAAGUCUGGUUAAUCAUCAUUUGGUCUGACUUGCUGAGUUGGGCUUUUGUAGAGAAGUACAGUGAAGAUAUCUAAAGGUCAGAGAGGAACUGAAAUAUGUCAUGCAGCUGAUUGUGAUUAGCAUUUAUUACUAACCAGCAGAGAGAAGAGCAUUAGUUCCCCACAUGAGUUUCUCUAAUAUUUCAGUGGACAGACAUGGAGGCUUUUACCGUGUCUCACCUGGGAUCAGAUUUCACCAGACGUUUUCAGUCGGCUGCAUGUCUUUGAUCAUUUCUACUGUCUUCAUAAAAAGGAAGGAAUGUGGACUGUCCGGUGCUCGCUUUUCUCUGACUAGAGAAACUUAAUCCCUCUUAUGUAACUAAUUUCUACCAAACAAAUUAAGUUGGCAAAGAUCAUUGCAGAUGUAAGCGGAUACACCUCUGCUGUAGCCUUUUUCUGCUCCUUGUCCUCCGUUCACCAGCCUUUAAAUUGUAGGCCAGCGCAGAGCACAUGUGAGGCUUUUCGUAUGACGUAAGUCGGCACGGCUUUAUUAGUUUUGUGGUCAUAGCUGGGCUAACACUUGUUGUCAUCACUCUGGGGUGUUUCCUCCAGCUGGGGCUCAUAAAACACAGCGCUUUGUGACUCUGCCUUGAAGUGGGACUCAUUUUACAGUUAUUACACCCACAAAUGGGAUGUGCAGAGAAGGCUACGCAGUGUGUUGCGUGUGUCUGCUGCAUGGCACUACUAGCGACACUCAGCCGGUGGCUACUAGGACGGUCAUUAGCACAAUUUCUGGGCAAGCUGAGUAAGCAUGAGAAGGCAUUUUAAAACCACACUGUGAACAUCAUGGGAUGUUGUUUCAACUUAUCCCUUUUCCAGUGAGAAACCAGCUGUCUCUUUGAUUUUAACAAUGGUUAUAGUCAAGUGUAUUUGCUAGUAUUUUUUGUGGUUCAAAAGGGAAUUUUUUUUGUUUUUUUUUGUUUUGGGAAAUUCUUCAAAUUCGUUCAAAGUUGAAGAGCAAACAUUGUUGAAGUCAGAGUUUGGUCGACUUGUCUUAGUUUGAUUUCAUGCCUGUCCCGCCUUUAAAUAUGUUGUGUUAUCUGCAGUAAUCUAAAAGGUGAUUUCUUGUACUCAGAUUUAGGGCUGGGUGAUAAACCAAUAAUGAUUGAAAUUUUAUUCCCCUUGAUAUUGAUGUAAAAAAAGGUCAAUAUGCUUUUCAGUAGUCGACAUUCUGCCAUGUUUUGGUAGACUAUACUGAUAGCCAAUGAAAAGGGGUGUUGCUCAGGGUCCACACCAAUCACGUGCUGAAUUAGAACCAAGUAGCAAAGAACUGCGUAGUAGCGGGCUGCAGCUACAUGCAACCAUAGCACCCUCAAUACGUGAAGCCGACAGCCCUGUCGGUGAGAAAAAAGAAAACACUCAGAAAGCGCAGACCUCCGCCAAGCAGCUCAUGUCCCCCCUUAAACAAGAAAUGCCCUGACCGGGAUUCGAACCCAGGACCUUCAGGUUGUAAGGCGACAGUAUUAACCACUACACCACUGUGCCGCCUAUCUACACCACUGUGGCGCCCAUCGGUCAUCUUUCAGCAUUGAAAAUUCCAACGACACCUUUAUUUUUGUGUGUUCUGGAUCACAGUAUCCAGAAUUUUGUCGGGAUCAUCACCAGAAUUUGAUGGGAUCCUCCUGGGGCUGAGACGCACCUCUGGUGAAAAUUUCAGGUCAAUCCGCCUGUUACUUUCUCCGUAAAGUUGCUAAAAGACAAACAAACAAACAAACCAACGCUACCGACAACAUAACCUCCUUGGCGGAGGUAAUUAUGCAGAUGAAGGCUCAACAGAUGACAACACUUUCGAAAAAACUGACACGAAACAUUGGUAGUGUGGGGGUAUUUUGGUUUUUGGAGGUCAGACAUCGAGCAGAGUAAUGUUCACUGCAAAUUAUGUCAAGUCCAUGUUCUCGCAAAGUCGGGGAAUACCUCAAAUCUUUUUCACCAACUGAAGCAGUGCCACACGGCAGAGCACGCGCAACGCGAAAGGUUACAAACCCCGAGUGGAGCAAGGAGCCCGUGGCGCCUGUGCAGCCGAAACAUUCAGUCCGCUUUCUCUAGCGCAACGCCUUAUGACGUCAAAGAGACACAAAGACCUCACAGAUGCAGGAGCUUAUUGUACUGCAAAAGACGUGCUACCAAUAAGCAUUGUUAAGAGUAAUGGAACAUUUAAGAUUGACAAGUGAUUAUUUUUAAGUCAUGAUAUGUAUCGAUAUUGACUGAUAUGAAAAAAAUAUAUCGUGAUAAACUUUUUCCCAUAUCGCCCAGCCCUACUCAGAAUUAUCGGUUGCAUUCUUUUGCUGUUAUAUCGAUAACACAAUGACGACAAUACUUUUGUCCUUUUACACCCUCCAACUCUCUGCAAGCAUCUCAAAUUCAGUCCCAGCGUGUUCCCUCUCAUCGCCCCUCCCUCCCUCCUCCUUAUCCCUCAAGAUGCUGUGAAAACAAGGGUCAGUUUUCAAGCACGUCUUGGCGAGCUUUAAUGGAAUAUCUUGAGGAGACGGGGCAGAGCAGGAAAGGUCUUGCGAAACGCCUCAGCAUGCUGCUGGAAUGGGCAAGAAUGUGAGUGCGUGAGUGUGUGUGUUUUCGGCUCAUGUGUAAAACUACAUGACCCUUUGUGUGGUACCUAACGUCCCCCCUCUUGCCUCCCUGCUCAGCGAUUGUCUCGUCCUGAAAUUAGCUCUGGUGUUUUAAUGCUGUCAACAGUUUCACAUGUGACCCACACCCUCUCCCUGCGUGUUUCAUACAGAGCGAGGCAAAGAGAGGAGUCCAGCAAUAAAUAAUUAACAAAGUCAUAACAGGAGAAGAAAGCUGUUCAUAUGGGGGAGGGUGGCAAAGGCUGAAAUAAGAGAGGGAAGAAGGAACGUGUGAGAGAGGUGAGGAUUAGAAGAGAGCAGCGCUGCUGAUAUUAACGUUUCUCUCUCCCCCUCUCGCUCGCUCUCUCUCAGCUGAUGUGUGUCUUUCAGUGUGAGUAUACAGAUGGAUUACCUUGUGCAAACACCAGGCCUUUGCUUUCAAUAGGCAACACAGAUACUGGCAGCUAAUGUUUUUCUUAUCAGGGGCUACUCCAGCCAAUCACACACUGUAUGGUAGAGCCACUGAGAAAGCAACAACCCAUUCAUUAUCAUGGCCGCGCUCCAUUGUGCCCAUGUGCAUGCUCAUAUUACCGACGGCCUUAACUAUGCAUGACCCUCUCUCCAUGUUUUACCGUUUAAGCCAUGUUUUUAGAGCUGCAGCUGUUGGUGCUAAACCUCCACUUAAGAGUCUUUAGGGUGGGGGUAAGAUCUUCUGUGCAAAGGCGGGUACUAAAUAUCCUGGGUAUGAUUACCGUAGAAACGUGUCCUGUCAAACAGUCUUAUCAGUGUUUUACAGGUUGGAAAAAAUCAUUUUUUACUUCUCUUCAUUAGUUAGAACAGUAGCACAUACAAAUCAGUUGAGUAUGGAUUAAAUAGUAAGAUAAACAUACCGUAAAUACAGAAUACAGGACAACAAUUACAUUUAGACAACAAUAAAAUACAUACAUAGAUGUGUAAAUCAUUGAAUCAUUUACCUAGCAGUCUCAGGGAAAAUUGGUAUCAUAACAUUCAAUGAAUUUAAUCAAGUUUUUGUCAUUAAUCAAAAGAAAUAAUUUAAUCCAGGACUUGAAUUCUAAUCAAAAACUUCAACUUUAAAAGUGACUGAGAAUUUCUGUUUGGUGUAUAAUUAAAAAAGUUCAUGACAUUUUCAAGGGCAAUAUUUUCCUUAUUAUUAUAAGGAAAGUAAGAAACAACAUUUUUGAGUUUAAGAGAAUAAACAUUAAAAUAAAAUUCAAUGUCUCUCCAGAAACUUUCAAAGAAGAGGUGUUUCAAAAUGUUUCUGUAUUGUUUUUGCAGAAGUUGCACCCAGUCUCAACAUCUGUAAAUUUAGCAUUUAGGCAUUUAAAAAUACAAAUUUGAUGUUGUAUUUUGAAGUGUGCCUCUUUAGCCUUAUUUGUGAUGCAGUAUCUUUAGGGUGAGAGCCAGACCCUCCAAGAAAAAAUCUCAUUGGACAAUAAAGUUGUUUAAUUACCUCACAGUGUUUUUCAGAUUCCUACUUUUCAUCUGUUCUGUCAUCAGCACAAGUCAAAAAGGGUCAUGUGGUCUGACUAUGGUAUGCAAAAUGUUAAUAUUAUGGUCAGAGUAUUUUGAUAUCCAUAUCGGGUUGAUUUAUCUUUUUACCUUGAUAUGUUUAGACUAUAAACUAUCCGCAGUCUUCUUUAGAAGUCACUGGUCUAAGUAUAAGAAAUUUUAACAUGUUGUUGGACGCGGUUCAAGAGAGGAAGCCUCCACCUCAUUUAAAUUCCCUCAGUUUAAGUUUGUAGCUGAAUCCUGAUGGACAUAUUGUGCGAAGUUGUAAACGGUGUCUUGUUGCUGCCAGAGUGAAUCUGUCACUGUCACAGACGAGCUGGAUUUUCUGGCCUUGUGGCUGUUAUUUGGAGUGUCAGCAUGUGACAUGUGUUCAUCAGAUGGGUGAGCGGCUUUGCCCAUAUGGCGAUGCAAAAUGAAGAUGGGUUUGAGGACAGCAGCGCCGCACAGCUCUAUGUUCACACCAACGUAUAAGAAAGUUGGGAAUCACAUUCACCUCUCAGUGUCCUUUUUUAUCUUUUUGUUAAAUUUUUUACAUUAUAGACCAACAAUUGAUGGUAACUGUCCCUAUUAAUUGAUUAAAUAUUGAUGUUGUGCUAAAAAUUUGUUAAAGGUAAUACCAUAAGUUGUCACAAGAGCUUGCGUCUCUUUGUGUUUUUAUUUAAUUUGAACUUUUAUACUUUUUCUAAUUUCUGUUUCCAUUCAGUUUUGUAACCCUCUGACAUAGAGCAGUUUACUCUUCAAAAUAAAAGCAUCGUUUUAAAAUGUAGGAAAAAAAUAACGAAACAAAAGCAUGCCAAAAAAAAAAAAAAAAAAAAAACGAUUUAAGAGGUAAUGUCUACUCUAAAAGAGAUUUAGAUACACAGCUGGGGAUGAAACUGAUAAUGACAUCUACGUUAUCUGUGUUGAUUUGUAAAUAUUAAGGACUUUUACGAACUUUUAUUGUUCCAUCCUUCUCUUGCCCUUUUCUAAGUUUACUUACUGUGUUGUUUUAAAUUUCAACUUUCCACAAAUAUCGCAAUAAUAUUGUUAAUGAGAUAUUUUUUCACUGUGAUAAUUGUGAUAUCCUUACAGUCCUAGUGCAGACAUUUAUUUGAGUGCUCUGUUAGUUAAAUAUAUCUAUUUGGUUCAUGUCAAUCAAUAUUUUAAGAUUGACAACUGAAAAAGCUAAUUGUUUUGAUUAGACAUAAGUUCAUCUUAAGCUACUAGGGAUAUCCUGAUCUGUUAUUUAUAUCAUGUAUCGGUCAGAUUUUAGCUAAAAAACAAAAACCAAUAUUGGAUUAUAUCAACCCACACUUAAAAUGUGGACUUUUAAGUCCAAAAAGACGUUGCAGCUGAGUGCAAAACUUGCCAUGCACAAGUUUUUGCUUAUAUCGGAUCAAUAUCAGUAUCAGCCAAUACCGAAUGCUACAAUAUUGGUAUUGUAUUGGAAGUAAAAAGUUGGAUCGGGACAACGCGAAAGUUCACCUCAGUACUCAUGAUGACCUUCUGAAAUACCUUGUUUUUGUCAGACCAAUAGUUCAUCUAAAAAAAGUGACAAUAAGCAAAUUUCACAGGCUGGAACCUUGUUGAGAUGUUGCUGAAAUGCCUCAAACACCUUGUUUCAUCUUCUGAUGUACCAGCGUUUGUUCCCAAACUUGUUAAAAGUCAUUUUGAGAUUGUUCCUCCUUAUCAACUCACUGACUUCUUCUUACAUUUAAAAGAACAGGGAAAAGACAGAAAACAAAGGGCCGGGAGAGGAGCAUAUAUUUGGGAUAGAGUUGGGAAUGGACAUACCAAGAAGAGAGAGCAAAGACAGGAGAGCCCUAAUGCAUUUAUUAAUUCAUUCAUAGCUUACUGCAGAUGGACAGAGGACUACAAACUUCCUGGUUUCGUUCUCUCACUUUUCUAUACUUUAAAACACAUCAGAACUAGUCAGACUUGAGUGUGCAAAUGCGUCACAUCUCACACAGGGUGUAUGCAUUACUUUUCAUGUGUUUAUGACAACUUAAACCAGUGCUGCAAGUUGGAUAGAGAAAUAGCAGUAAAUGCAACUCAAAUACUCUGUUAUGUGCCUGAUUCCUGGUGGAUUGUAUGAACAAGGAGAAAAAAAGAUCUCUGUUACUUCCUGUUGUGUCAAACCAGCUGAUAUGUGAUGUUCAGUCAUCCAUUCAUCUGUGGCAAAGCUGUCUAGCAGUUUUUCUCUGUUGGUCUUUGCUGCAGUUUUGCUUUUGUUGGAUGGCUGACAACAGCAGGACAGAAAACAUGGGAAAAGAAAGAGAGAGAGAGAGAGAGAGGGUUUAUGCAAGGUAAAGUAAGUCAGCUGUUGGUACCGUGAUUUACAGCCGGGAUAACCCGUCGAUCCAUCUAUCGUUUAAGGAAAGGAAUGUGCAUCCCUGUAGUCGAUCAGUGUGUCUCAUGAUUUGACAUCAGCCUUUCUCAACAUGUUCCAGCUUUGGAAUCUGAUCCCCACUGCACAUGCGUAGACCUGUUCUGAGAUCCUGGGCUAUGAUCUCAGCGCUGGCUGUAGCUCGGAUAUGACUGAGCGAAACUGCUCUGAAGUCCAUGUUUAUGGAGGGCCCAGUUCUCUCCGAGGGGAGAACCAAAGUAAAAUAAAUACUUGCUCCAUCCUGUCUGCAUUAAGGGCCGGCACACAUGGCUUUGACGUCAGAGUGACAUUAAACAGGGUGGGGUGGCCCAGCCAGGACAGAUAGGCACGUGCAUUCACACACACACGCUCUUCUAACAUGCCACGAAUCCCUGUCUUUCUCCUCUUAUCAACGCCUUUGUCACUUUUCGUAGCUUUUAUUUGUAUUUUCCUACGUUUCAGUUUUAAAGAUCUACUUGCGCUGCAUGUCCCAACAGAGAGAUAGCAAGUAAACCUCGUGCAAUUUCCACUCUGCGUGUUGCUGGUUUGACAAAACUCAUAAAUCAUUCUGGUUUUUUUGGCCGAGCGCGCUCAAGAAUUUCUCUCUCUGUAACCUGUCAGGUGCGACUGGAUUUCUUAAGCCAAUCCAACAUACAGAAUUACAUAAUCCAUCCGCUGCUGCUCCCUUUCCUGCGAUAAACCAACUUUAGUUUUCUUCUGAGACGCACAACCAGCAUCAUCGCGAAUGUAUGUCUCUGUCUGUGUUUGCUCUGCAGCCUCACAACAGGUCUGUCAACAUACUAUCAUCUACAGCCUGAACUAGUUGUUCUGUAUUUUUUUUACACAGUGGAAUUCUUCUCGACCUUGUGGUCCUGUGAUUGGCUGGUCGCCGCAAAGUUGUCCCUGUAAACCAAAACAAGCAGAAGUGGAGACUCUUGACUUGUCUAAUCAGUGACUCAAACAACACCAACCACAUAGUUAGCAGGGUUUUUAGUAUCAGUAGUACUUGGUUUGGCUCAGCACAGAUCAUGGUUUAAGUAAAAAGAUAUGAAGUCAGUUCAACACAGGAUACAAUCAGGGGUAAAAGUCAUGGGUUCAAGUCGAGCCAGUAAGAGCAAAUGGGGCUUACAACUUAGAAAUAAUACAAAGCAACUUGUAAUAAAGGGAAUAGUAGAUGUGUAAGCCUAAUACAAGAAAAUAAAGACGCUGUUAAAAGUCGUUAAAACAGAAUUUGAAGACUUGCAAACCCAAAAUACCAAUGUUGACACUAAAAACUUGUUUCAAGCUCAAACAAUUCUCCAAAAUACCGUGAGAAAAGUGUUUACUAAGAGGCCCUGAGGCAAGUUCUUCGUCCGUCAGAAGGUAAAAGUGACGUAAGGUUUGGGUGGAUGUUGUUGCACUGAUGUUUGAAAGUGCAGAACGAUGAUCGCGCUUCUCUACUGUUAAUGGACAAUAUCGUUAUCUGCAGGGCGACUGCAUGUGAAACCAGUGUUAACAGAAAGACCCGCUAACAUAGAUUCUGCCACCCAAACUCACACACUUCAAUAUUUUCGAUGAAUGCUUACGUUUUGUAACGUCCGCCACAUUUUUUUCCUCAAAGUCUCUGUUUUCAUUCGCGUAGACCGGCUCUUGCAAGAUCGUUUUUCAAGGCACCCAGAAGAAAGGAUCGUUGAAGGAAUUGUUGAGAUAAAAUGUAAACGACCAGUUUUCGAUUCCUAUCCCGAGUCAGGGCUGGACAAGUUGGGGUCUUGGUGGACUUGGUGAGCUCAGAUCAAUGCACAACAAAGUUAGGAGUAGACAGAAAUUGUAGAUGUGUGAAGCGUAGACUUCUGUGUCUUCAGAAUGUUUGGACACAGAAAUACUAUUUUGCUGUCACAAGUUGAGAUAAGAGGGCUGUGUAGCUCUGCCAGGGAGAGGAGUAAAUGUGUGUGUUAGUGAAGCAGAGGGAACAAGACUCAAUGCCCCAGUGGUUCUGCGUGAUGCAGUGUGUGACUGGGAUUAGUCAAAAAACUGUCCGAUCUGUUGAAGUUAGAAGUGAGUUUUUAUUUUUAAAGUGUUCAAAAUGUGUAAGUUUUAAGAUUGUUGAAGGUCAAAGAGAUGUUGAAUCAAUGAGUGACGUAAAAAUAUUGAUCUCUGUAUUAAUCAAAAUAAUAGUGAUUGUGAUUUGAGCGCCCUGACAAAUCAGUUUCUAGAUAUCAGCUUUGUUACUGUACGCAGCAGGAAAUGAAGAAAAGAGAGGUAGAUCAGUCUCUGUUUUCUCAUCAGAGGAAGUAGUCAUUGAGUUCAUACUGAAAUACUGAAACACUGUGCAUUUGUGUUCACCUUUAUAGAUGUGGACAAAGCGCCUCUCUCUCUCUCUCGUAAUUGUAAAAUGAAAUAAAGUCAAAUCCUCAUGAGACAUGUUACAGAAGAAGAAGAGGAACAGAGAUGUUUUUGAGAUGGUGAGAGCGUGCUCACUGUACAUGAACCAUGCUCCUGUGUGUUUCUAAGGUGUUGUGCCUGAGUGACCCCCCCUGUAUGUGUUUGUUUUAAAGCUGCCACAUGUCAUGGACCAGCUGAUGUCUCAUGAGUUGAAGGGGGAGGGGCGGAGGAACUCCCUCUCUGUUGGUCUUUAAUUGUUCUAGUUUACAUCGUGCUCUUAAAUCAGGGACGGUUUAUUUGCUUCAUUUUUAUUCACAUGGAAAGAGGUGGUGGAUGAAAUGUCAGUGUUCUCCUAAAGACUUGAAGUCUAGUGACACUGAAACUAGAUUUGUGUAUCUGCAGCAGGGACUUCAUUGAUUUUAUAAAACAUGUAAAAACAGAGUAUCUACAGGGAUACUCGGCUAAAACGUCUAAAAUCCAAUAAUUUAAAUAUAAGGCCUUAAAAUGUCUAAAAUUCUCUUAACCCUUUAAUGUCGGACACCACAAUUUAUGGCCAGAAAAUUUCUUUUUUUUUUGGAGCUGAAAUGUUUAUUUCUAAUUCUUUCUUACCAUUGAAAACCAAAAAGAUCAAAAUGUCCUUAAAAUUUAACAAAUAUAUUUAUUUAUCUUGUUAGAUACAUUAAAUGUUUUUGGAAGCUGAUAAACUACAAGAGGUGUUUUUUUUUUUUAAUUUGUUGAUCAUAUUGAUUUGAUAAAAGUAUAUAAAAGUAUGUAUCAAAUGUCAUACAAAAGGCAUAAAAGGGUUAAAAUCUCAUAGAAAGUCUUGAAUAUGAUUUUUAAAGGCCUUAAAAAUGUAUAAAUGUAACUUACAGAUGAAUAUGCCGUAUGAUUAAAGAUUGAUAUAAAAUGUUCUGAUUUCCCUUCAUGUCUUUUGGGUCUUAAAUACAAAGCACUCACAUGGGUCUUAAAUUGUGUUCAUUACGGUCUUAAAAACAUCUUAAAUUUGACUUGUUGAACCCUACAGAGAUCUGAAAAUGAACAAAAAAACACUGAAAAGGUUCAUUUAUGUAAAAUAUUCUCAAAACAAUUAGGGAUGGGUAUUCCCUAGGGCUGAAAGGAUUCCUCGAUAAGAAAAAAUUGAUCGAGGAAUUUUCUCUGCCCGAGUACUCGUUUAUAAGGUCAAAUCGUCACUGUUUCGCACUGAUUAUUUUCAAGCUGACACAACGCGCUUACGUCAUCACGGUAGAAAGAGGAGUAAGCACGUUUUUGGUUUAGCAGAAAAAAGGAAUGAUGAGAGGGGCUUUUCUUCUGCAGAGCUCCAGUAGCUCAUUAGCAAUUCGCCUCUGAGUUGUGGGCGGAGACAGCGCUGUUCUGUAGCCUCCUCUUCACGCUAGCUUACAGCCUAUUGUCGGUGUAGUAGAGGUAGCAGGUAACGUAGGAGCUAUUCAGCUCUCGGACUCUUUAGGGACAUGAUGAAAGCUAAUAUCACGAUUAGCUCUCUAACAAGCAUUGCAAUCCGCUAAUGCGGACACGCUUGUUCAGCGCUCGUUGUUUCUAAAAAAGGAAAACAAUUGAUUGUUCAUUAUUUAGUUAAAUGUCUUGUUUUCUCUUGUACAUUAAUAAUUGCACUUUAACUAAAGUGCAUGUGUACCUGAUUACUUGAUUAAUCGAUGGAAUAUUUGAUUAAUCGAUUGAAUAUUCGAUUAAUCGAUAGAAUAUUCUGUAGAAUACUCAAUUACGAAAAUAUUUGCUGGCUGCAUUCCUAGUAUUUCCAGUUAUCUCAAUGUUUGAUCAGUUGAAGCACUUCAUGAACGAUUGAUUCAGUACUCUCAAGUCAAACAUUUUCUACUGGUUGGGAUCAAUUUCUGCGGUUCAUGGGUUGAGACCUGACCGUCAGUCUAUAGGGACAGCCACUUUGUCACUUAUCUGCCAUGAUGGCGUUUUGUACUCAACAAACGCCAUCGGCUCACAGAAGUCUUCUUCUUCUUCCUCAGAAAGGUGUACAUAGUGUGACAUUCGCUCGUCGUGUCCGGCUGACCCUGAUGUGUAGGGUGAGGGUGUUUAUGUGUUUGUUUGUCGUAUAUCUCAUGAACUUGAAAGCUUUCAACAUUCUUCUGCACAUGCUCGGUCAUGAGGCGUGGAGGCGACGGGUGAGAUGAAGCAGCUGUCCCUGACACGCACACACAACACACACACAACACACACACAUAGACACUACAAUAGGCCGGAGGUCCUUCUGUCUUUGUUCACCAAAUGUGACAUCUUGACUCGGUUUAAGUGGAUUUUCUCUGUUUCAGGUGGAGGAGGGAAGAGGAACGGGCGCAGUAAGAAAUGGAAGGAGAUGCUAAAACUGCCUCACAUCAGCCAGUGUGAGGAGCUACGCCGCACCAUCGGUAAGAAAGUCUGGGGAGUGUUUGUGUGUGUGUGUGUGUGUGUGUGUGUGUGUGUGUGUGGGCGUGUGCGUGUGAGGCAGAAAGAUAACGUGCCAUGCUGUGUCGUUGGGGUGGGUCUGACUGUGGGAGGAAGUACAGAUUGGACUUCCUUCCUGUUUCUACCCGUCUCCACCCGCAGUUUCAGGCAGGGGACAGGAAACAGUGUAUGUUUCGGUGCGUGUGUGUGUGUGUGUGUGUGUCUCAGGGAAUCCAUUUGCAAAGCCUCUUCUCGACCUCGGAGUCUCUCUCUCUCUCGUGUCUUAGUGACUGCUUGUUUGCUCACUCAACAAAUCAAAAUUUCUUCAACGUCCUGUUCCAACGAUGAGGUGUUUUUGGUCAGGAUAAGCCGUCAAACUCCGAGGCUACAUUUCCACCGUGUCCCUCUUGCCCACCCUGAUCCCCUAAAUGCCACACCACUUGGGGUAUGUGUGUUUGUCGUGUGUGUGUGUGUGUUUGUGUUAAAUAGUGCGUCACAGCCAUCUCUGCCAGAGAUUGCAGUGCAACCCUCGCCCACAUACUCUCCCUCCCUCUUUGCUGUCUCCAUGCCUCCCCCCUCCCACAAUCUGUGUUUCUCUCUCACCCUUCCUCCUUCCACCACUUUGGAGCUCUAUUACAGUGGCAGAACAGAAGAAUUAUUGAGAGAGAGGGAGAGUGGAAAACAGAAACAAAAGAGAGGGAGGUUUUUUACGACAGGGGAAAGGAUCACUUAAGGACAGGAGAGGGUGAGAGAAGCAGUGAGAGGACAGGAAGGGGGCUUAGUGAAUGAGAUGUAAGUGCAAACACUCCCUUUGUGGAUAUUUUUAUCAAUGUUUUGUCUUGACUGUCACAAAAAGAGACAUAAGGACACGCUAUCAUUACCUUGAUUUACCUGUCAUCAAUAGCGGCUGAUUACCUGCCUAAUUUGGCGCCUUGUUUGUGAGACGGGACUUAUAGGUCUGGUGAAUUUAUCGGCAUUAGGAUUAUAACUCUGCAAAGGACCUGAAAAAUGAACUGUGUGUGAUUGUGUGCGUGCACGUUUCUGUGUCUGUGCCUGUGUGUGUGUGUGUGUAAGUGCAGCAGCUGUGGUGGGUUACAUACGUCACUAUUACAUAGACACAAUUGCGUAAGUUCCCUAUCACACUGAGCGCAGGAUCAAAAUAAUCCUUUUGCCUACUUCAACAUGCACCACACACACGUACACACACACGUCCUGUGUGCGGCCUAAGGUGCACAUAACCAUACACGGUGUAAGAACAGGACAUUAUGGGAUACAGUAUGACGACUGAUUGCAGUUUCUUUGUUGUGUCUCGGUGAGAUCAGGUGUUUGACCCAGGCUUCGUCAAGUGUGCCAGAUCAUUCGAUGGAAGCUACAGUUUUUACGAUCCAACCUCCAAACUUUUCAACUGUUCAGCUUAGACCAGUCAGUCUUGGACUAAAAUGGAGUAUUAAAAGAUUGAACUGUGGCCUUUGCUGUUAUAAACCUUCGUGGUAGCUCCAACUCCUUUUUUCUUUUUUUGUUUCAUACAUCUUUGAAAUGUCUUGAUCUUCUCACAUUUGUUUUCUUCAGAACACAAGAGAGAGAGAUGAGAGCUGUCAUGAUGCCAGAGUCUUGAACUUUUCCACAAAUGUAAAAAUAAAACUAUUUCAAUACCUGUUUCAAUACCAGUGCCCCCAACCUUUACCUGGACCACCGUUUACUGUUCAGAAAAUAUGAUACUGCAUAUUCAGAAUUAAAUAUCUCCUCUGAAUGACCGUUUAUAUUUGAGGAGAGUCCAUGUGCCCCAUCAUACCCCAGGUCCUUCUGGAUUGUGGACUUAUCUGCUCUCCAGCUGGUUCAACUACAUGAUCAGUCUCACCCCUCUCCACUCACUAAACCUAGCUCAGUCUCAGCAGAUGACUGUCCUACAUGAAUCUGGUUCUGCUCGAGGUUUCUGCCUGUUAAAGGAAGUUCUUCCUCUCCACUGUAACUUGAUAAAUGCUGCAAAGUGCUGCGGGUCUGAUCGUACGAGAUGGUGCUCAGAUUGAUUCAGUCUUAGCACUGGUGUGAAUUGGUGAUAUAUAAAUACAGGCUAAUUGAUUGAGAUUGAAUGUGCUCACUGUAAAUCUAGGCCGAUUUAUCAGGUUGAUAACCAGGUUUGUUUGUGUGUGUGGUAGGGCUGUGUGAUAAACUGAAAAUUUAAACGAUGCCAAAAUUUACAACAAUAACCAACGUCAUUUUGCUCAUAUCAAUAUAUUCAGUGUCAAAAAAAUAGAUAAAUAAAAGUUGGUUUUGGAUGUAUGUAGGUAGGCUAUGUUCUCAUGUGACUCCACCCCAUCCAGUCCGUAACGAAGAGGGAGAGACAGGUGAGGAGAUGGAGGACGGUUCAAAAGUUGUAGCAGCUAAAGUAGACGAAGUUAACGUGGGAAGGGGUGAGCAGCUUGUGGGGUAGUUAUCGUCCAUUUAUCGAUAUUGAAGGGAACUGCUCAAUAUAUCGUGAUAUUGAUUUUAGGCCAUAUCGCCCAGCCCUAACUCAUGUGGUUUAAGAUGGGAUGGGAGUGAAUCUGAUCCUACAAGAUGUUGCUCAAAUUGAUCCAGUCUUAGCAUUGGUGUGAAAUGGUGAGAUAUGAAUACAGAUUGAUUGAUUGAAAUUGAUCAAUUCAUGUGUAUGUACUCACUGGAAAUCUAGGCCAAUUUAUCAGGUUGAAAAACAGUUUUGUUUGUGUGUGUGGUGCAAUCUCUAUGGUCAUGUUUAGAUACAGGUAUGGAAGGUAUGGAAGUAAUCUGAUCAAUUUCCAGAUCUUAAAAAGUAUGGAAAAUGAAACAUAAAGUAUGGAAAAAUAUUUAUGUUUCCAGACUAUUACCACAGUUCUAAAGUACUGUGUUCAAAAACAGAAAAGUAGGUAUUUCCAAAAUAAUUCUAAAAGGUGGGAUAUGGAAAAUAUGGAAACUCCAACUGUGUAGGAACCCUGCAGAUAAACAAAAGAUACCCAGAGUUUGUUAAACCUGCUUCCUAGUUUGGCCUCGAGAGGUCUUAUGUACUCGUGAGCACAUUUGUAAUGUGUUGAUAAUUUGUUACCAAGUUAAAAAAAAGUAAAGGAAGUAAAUAUUUUUAGAGACUGAUAAUUAAACUUUUGGGACAUGUAUUUAAUGACACACAUCUAAACAAAGUUGUUGUAAAAGAACUAAAGUUGUAAACACUUUCAUAAAAAUAUUGAUAGAUGAUUAAAAAUAGUUGUUGUGACUUCUGUUGUUACAGCAGUUAGAUACUUAAAUGUAGGAUAAAAGCAAAGCUCUAAACAGGUUUUCAUGACAUCAAGCCUUCAGCGCUGCACUCCACCUUUUUAGAGGCGCUUUGUAUUCUUCACUUAAUCAGUGAUUGUGUAUAAUGUGUGUGUGUCUGUGUGUGUGUGUGUGUUGCAUAUCAUUGUAUGAAUUUCCUUCAAUUCAUCAAUAACUGAACAGAAGAGAAUAGUUGUAUUGUGAUCUUGUGAAUGCAUCAGGUAUCACAUUGUUUCAUGAAUUACCCUCCUAUUUCCAGCUGCGCAGUCGCCUUGUGUUUCCUGAUCUAUGCGGCGCUAUUCUAGACCAGCUGAUAUGGAAACACCAAAAAAAGAGCAUCUGAAAACAUUUUAAGCAAAUAUUAAAGCCAGUAGUGGUGUUAAAGAUUUUUCAGUGAUGGUUUUCUAAAACUACUAUUUUUUCAUCGUAAGAUUUAAAACAUGCUGAUGAACGAAAACAAUACAAGUAUUUUAUGUCCGCACAAACUGUUGGCUUACUUCCUUGAUAACUUUGUGGUUGUGUAAGUGGAGGGUUCGUAUGAGAAGCGCAGAGCUGCAGAGCAGAGGGGAAUGCUGUACAAUAAACAGUGCAGCUGGGAGGGCUGUUGAAAAGAUUUGAUUUACUGUUGGAGGUUGUCCUGUAGCUGUCAUCACUCAAAAAUGUUCAUCCCAUGCAUCCCUCCUCCUUCUCACAAGCACACAUGUGUACUCGUGUGAAUGUGUGUGGCCUAUUUUUGUUUGCAUGUUUAUCUUGCGUGCGUGUGCAUGUUUGUACUGUCAACCAGUGAUGGAAAAUGUCCUGGGUCUUCUUCCUCAUUUGGUAGCAGAGGAAAUAUGACUCAAAUGGACACCAUUAGUCCUAAUAGGCCGGGGCCUGGCCGGCUGGAGCUGCAUGAUACAAUAGCUGCUUUCAAAGUGGUGACAUGGACCUUUCUGACCGUGACUUAAACAUAUAUGACCAAAAGUGUGGGUAUGAUUGUGAAGUUGCUGAUUUUUCUACGCAUAAAUUUGAGAGAUUAUACAUUUCAUCUUCGGGCUAAAUUAGUUUAUAGGCCAUCGAGGUUCACUUCUUUUCGUGAUGGAUUUCAACAAACCUUUAUUGGUUUGUUUUGAAAGUCUUUGCUUGCAAUGUCUCAGAGGGGUGCAAGACUAACCGGCAAUUUCCACCGCAUCCGGAACGGCUACAAAAAGGCCGUAUCUGCCGAUCAUAGCUGAUCGUAACCAUUCAAGUCAAUGUGUCAAUUUCCAACGGCUUCUUUCUGUUCCGCUGCGGAUCGCUGGACUCCGCAGCUGAUCACAAGAGUUCUAUUUUUGCCGGAUACAUUCAGCACAGAUUAACCUGUGCUGUAAAGGAAGUCGGGCACAGACACAAAAUAAAACAUCCCGCUUCUUUUCAAAAUUAAAUACUCUGUGUUUCAGGCGGCUCGUAUUUCACACCAUACAAACAGGCUCGGACGAGCAAGUGAAAGGUUUAUAGACAGCAUUUCACCUCGAUGGAUGAGAGGAUGCUGAUUUUAUGAGUCUAGAAGUAGAUUUCAUCCUAUUGAAGGACACAGUCUCCUGCUUUUAUGUUUAGCCAAUGUGGCUAAAGACAACUUGUUAUGGCGCGAUUGCAUGUGAAUCCAUGAAUUCUUGUGUGUUCUCGCAAUUCCUGCUGUCAGUAACCCGCCACGAAAUUCACCUCGCAAACGGAUCUGGUAGGAAUUGGCAUACGGUGAAAAUCACCACCGGAUCAGAGCAGUUGCAGAUGUGGUGGAAAUAAUACUUAUAUACACCUAACAAUUGCACAUGCUCAUCAAAUAAAUGUAAACAGUUUGAAAAGGGACAGAAUGAGGCAAAGAGUUUAUCUAGUACUGCUCUGGUAUUAGGAUUUAAAAACAUGAGAAAGUGUGCAGAAAUGACUCUUAACAUGAGAAUAAUUUAGACGAGCAAUAAGAAGUUUGGACAGAGUGUGGACUCUGCAGUGACACACAUUUAUAAACCACUCAAAAAAUGUAUCUAUGUACUCUUUUGCCUCUGGUUAUGAAGUAACUGUGACUUUGUCUGCUGCACUUUUGUGUAUUUAUGCAGUAUAGAUUUAAGGUACGAUUAUAGAUAUGUAAAAUUUUAUGUUGUGGAUUUUUUGGACCUCUAAGAAAAAGUGUGUAACUCGCAAACUGAAGUGAAUCUUAUUUCCUGACGUUUGUCUCUCUGUCUGUUUCCAUCUCCUGUCUUCCUUUCAGAGAGGGACUACACCAGCCUAUGUGAGAAGCAGCCUAUUGGUCGGCUGUUAUUCCGUCAGUACUGUGAUACUAGGCCAGAGCUGAAACGCUGCAUCGAGUUUAUGGAUGCUGUGGUAAGGCUGUUACUCUCUCCUCUCUGCACAGGUGUUAAUGCCUUUCUUACCUUCAUGCUUUCUUUCUCUCUCACUUGGCUAUCCUUUUCUUUGUCUCUCACCUCUAAUUUCUAUCACUGCGGUUCCUCUAAUAACAUUGGACUUAAAUCACUCCUGCAGAGCGAGGAAAAAGAAAGAAAAGCCACGCUUGGCCCCUGCCUGCUCUUGGCAGAAGCAUGGGGUGGUGGCAGGGGUGGGUGUACGGGGUGAUUAGGGGCUAAGACAAGCUGUAGAAGACAGACCCUUCCCCUGCCUCUAUGCGCUCCUUCAUGAAGUGGAGCCCACGUCAGAGGCACAUCCCCAGGGUGAGCAGGCAAACACAAGCCCCAGCUUGUGUCUACGCCACAGGAGGUAUGCAUGAAAGGAAAGCAGGAGUGAAACAUGCCUAUUGAUAAGAACUCGCUUCAGCCUCUUUAGGAAUGAACACGGGAAAGUAGGUAAGCACACCGGCAGUGACACCUGUUUACGAUGAUUGACGAACUGCAAGAAGAGGAAUGAGCAACGACAUUUGCGCCGAACAUGUGCCGUCAGUCUCAGAGGGAACAUCAUGCCUAGGCUGAGACGUGAAGUUUCGCUGAAGUCUCACUCCUCCCCGUGGAGCUUGUUUCCAAACAAACCAAACUGCGCAAAGCACUCAAACCCCAGGCCAUCUCCAUGCCUACAGCCAUGUGUGUCCGAAAACACAAUCUGUGCCGGGGUGAAAACACAAGCCUCAUCAUAAGAGGUGACAGAAGUAAUGGCCUGAGUGUGAAGACGAACAUAGUUGCCAGUUUGAUGCCUUCACUCCGACGAGGAUGUCUCAUCAGUAACAUGUCUGUUUGCCUGUUUGCCUGUUUUCCUGCGCUCAUGUCAUGUCUUUCUCUCUUGUUCCUCAUUAACCCUUUGACUCUUUCCUCUCUCUUCCUUCUAUCUCGACCUCCCCCCACCUCCUGGUGCCUGUUUCUUCCCCCCCAUCAGCCUUAUUUGGAGGGAUAUUAAAGAUGGCUGAAUGAGACUGGCUUCUUGCUGUUGUUCACAUUUGUGUUCUCUGACAGGCCAUGUACCAGCUAGCUCCCGACGAGAAGAGGAGGGACUGUGGACUGAAUGUAUUAGACACAUACUUUAAUAAUGGGGUAUGACACACAAAAGCUUUCUUUAUCGCAGUGUUUGAACUUGUAGACAUGCUAUACUACCCUUGUAGCUGUAGUUUGUAUUGAACAGUAGGGACUAGACACACAUUGAGGAAAACAGUGUAAGACAUUUAGUGAGAACAGACUGUUGUGGGUUCAAAUGUUUACUGUGCGUCACACACACCCAUAUCAUGCAGUCUUACUCUUUUCCCUUAGUUGUGCUCUCUCAUUUUAAAACACAGGUAAUCAAUUAGUAAACAAAUAAGUUGAAUGACUGUUUUUAACAAUUAGAAGUUAGGAUAUUCUUAACCACACUUGAGUUCUUUUCUGAAAAUAAGUUGUAAGUAGGGUUGGGUAUAGUUUGAGUUUGAACGAUUCCCGUUCCCAACGAUUCUCUUUUCCGAUUCUUUUAAAAGGCAGGAAUAAAAAAAAUGGUUUAAAUGAGGCCGAUAGCCAGAGUUCUGUUCCGAUGAAAUGCGUGAAUUAUAUGAACUAGGGCUGUAAUCGACCAUAGAAAUUCUUGGUCGACCGUAACCCUGAAAUUUUUGACCAAAAUUGACUAAUCUGGGGGUCGGUUUCUGAUAGUGAUGGGAAGAACAGUUCCUUUGACUGAACUGAAUCUUUAGAAUCCGUUCAUUAAAAGGAUUCGUUCAAAAGAUUCGUUCACUGAAUCAAUCUUCCUGUCUUCAGUCGGUCUCCAGUGGGUUGGGCGAGUCCAAAAUGGUGAAAACAAGGGGGGUGUUCUGAGACAUGCUGUUGCCUGUGAAACGGGGGUGCUCAGUUAAUUGACGAGGAAAAAAAAUUGAGUUGACCAAUCAGAAUUUUGGUAGUCUCAGCACGUAGCGACCAAUAAGUCGACUAGGACUUUACGGACUGCAAUAUGAACCUGGAAUGGACACAGACAGCGGCCUCUUCUUCGUUGGUGUUUAGCGGCUAAUUCUCCCGGUCGAUGCACUUGGCAUCGAAACUCAGAAUCAAAGUUUAAAAAUUCAAACGGUUACAGGAGAAUCUGAAUGUUAGUCCCCGGUUCCAAUAUAUGCUUGAUGCCCAACCCUAACUGUGAGGAACUUAGAUCUGUGACUUGCACAAGUACAUUAUAUAUUGACAGACACAUAAGUAGCUGAAAUCAAAUUCACAAGGAUAAAAGUAAUGCUUUCCUAAAGGCAUAAUUAUUUGAAACACCUCCAGUGGCCAAAAUACUUACCAAUACUCACCCAAACCAAAGACACCCAGCAUACCCACAGUCUUUUUGAUCCUCCUGAACCUUGAUAGUCUACAGUCAUUAUAGCAGUUUAGUCAGUUUGUUUCAGACCCUUUAUGCUCAUCCGCCUGCCCCGCCCUCUUUCCUCUUCUCUAUCACAAAGUCGGCGGCUCAUCUGCCAGACAUACCCCAGGAUGUGGUGGCAGGGUGUCGGGAGAGGCUGGAGCAAAGCCCAUGUAAGGAGCUCUUCAAUGACUGCACCAAGUAAGUCUUUAUCUCCUCUGCACAUCUGGUAUGUUUUGGCUUUCUGUCUCUUUGUGACAACGACACGAGCGUUGGUUUUCUAACUGACUUGGUACUUGAAACAGAUGCCUGUUUGUCGGCAGCGUGUCGAUUGAAUCUGACCAUCAAAGUGCGAUGGCUCCAAAAGAAUCCAGUUCCUAUAGAGGAGCGUGUGUGUUUUUUUUAGAGUGUUUAGACUAGUGCACCCUGUCACUAGUGAUGAUGAGGCAGCUGGCACCUGCAACACAGUAUUAGACACACACACACACACACACACACACACGCACGCACGCACUCGCACACACACGCACACAGACACCAACUUGCAAAUACAUGCAUGGUGGAGGGGAAUGAAAGCAGUGGGCAAAGAGAGCAUCCGGAUGGCUGGCAUGAAAACAACAGCCACCUCAGUGUUCAACACACACACACACACACACACACACACUCACACACACACACACACACACACACUCACUACCUCUCUCUCUCUCUCGCUCAUACUCAUGCAUACACACACUCACACACACUCAAACACACUCACUCUUGCAGGUGUUCCUUCUUCCUGCUCUGGGAGCCAGGAGAAGCAAACAGACCAAGGGCUAUUACUCUGAAUGUACUUCUUCUUGCACCAAUCAGUCCAAUAGUUUGUGUCUUCUGUGUAGUGAGUUGUGAAAUGUUCACUUGGCGGCCAAGGAUGCACAAGUCCAUCUUAAAAUGAUCGAACACUGCUGCUCUACAACCAUCUUGUUGGAAGAGUUCUAUUAGUCUAAAAGAAGGUUUUUUAGUUUUUAGCAGUAGUGUCAAGUCGAGAUUACGGCCAUACCUUGAUUGGCGACUUAACUGGACUGCUGUCUUUGGAAAGAGGAUCUCAGGAAAGUGUUGUCCUUUUUUUGUCUGACAAGGUUUCAUUUAAUACCUGGCUCCGUAGUAAUGUGUCCAUGCUGUUUAGCCACCGGCUCAGAGCCUGAGGUACAAACACUGGAGCUUGUGCAGACCACUUUCAGUUUCAGCUUGACUGAGUCGUAUACAUGACAGUGAAAAUCAGUGCCUAAUCACAUGUUAGUCUAACCAUGAGAAGUUUGAUAUUAAGUGCGUUUACGUGCAUUUUAGAAGUCUAGUUUGAAGGACUGUUUCAACAAAUCGAGUUUUUUGGGUGCAUGUACUGAGAGAUGUCCUUAGGGUGCAAGGCCCUGUUUGCCAGAGCGCAUAAAUCUGUAUAGGACUACCUUUUCGUUUCUGUUUGGAUCUUUCUUGAACCACUACGUCACACACAGCACAACUCUAUUAAUGCGCCCGCACAAGUCCAGUGUAGGCACCAGAUGUGUUCGGGCUGCCAGAUCGACUCGGGGCCCAGCGCCUGUUGAAGACGUUACAUUAUGGCAAGUCCACUCCGACAAACUACAUUGUGCUCCAUCAAGUCAAAUGUGCUCCAUAUAAUACAGAGAAUUACAGCUUACUGUUCUGUAAUUUUUAGAUGGUUUUAAUUGUAAAUGUUAACUUUUCAGGAGGAAAAAAAAAUGUACACAGAAUCUCUGUUUAUCAAAAGAUAGUUUUGCUUUUAUUUUACAUUUCCUUUGGCGACCUAAAAGAGGUGGUAGCGCGGCUGUUGAAAGUCUCCUCUGAUAAGUAGCGAUAGAUUGCUUUGUAAAAUUCUUCGAAGAACUGCAAUCCCAUGCAACCUAACCCCGCGAAAACCGCUUCCGCAAUGUUUGGUCUGACCACAAUCUUCUAUGUCAUCCGAACCAACUUCCAGCCAAUCAUUUAGCGUGACAUCAUCAAUAGGCACCGAUCCCCGAGCCGAUCUGGCAGCCCAAACACAACUGGUACCUACACCAGACAAAAGAACCUUAAUACCCAUGCUCCAUACUCUUCUUCUGUUUUUUGGCGCAUUUCCCUGUCAGCAUUGCAGUGCCACUUACUGGUUUGGCAUAUGCACUACAUCGUUUUCAGUGGUUUCCUGUUUGUUUUCCUGAAAUUAUCCGGUCUUUACAGAAAGCUUAAAACGAAACAGCAAUAUAUCGUCUUUGUCACCGUGUGGACAAGGCCUUAGCUUCCCUGAGGAAACUGGAAUCUGCUUAGAAGAAGUGGAGGAACAUAAUUGGGAAAAGCUCAGUUUUGUGCUCAGGCUGCACUCCUGUUCUGACCAUUUAAAAAUAAAAAAUAAAAAACAAGUUAAAAACCAUCGUGACUGUGUUGGACAGCUACGCUAUUCAAGGCUUUUCACUGCUAUAAGUAAAGAGUCUGUUUUACAGGCAUGGAUUAAUCCAAGUCAUCUGGAUCACUAAUUUGUGUGAAAUUAAGUUGUGUGUGUGUCACAUUUAUCGGCAUUUUAAUCUUUUCACAUCUUUGAAAAAGUAAAAAAGCAGAGGAUCUACGUGAGAAAGAGAAAUGCCAAAGAACUCCUCGACCAACGUUUUCUUUAGGCCGCACAAAUCACAGCAACCUCUUCAUUCAGACACCUUCACGAGACUGAAAACAAAUUUAGCAAGAAAGCGAUAGGCAGGCUGAAAACACGACAGUUUGGACUUCGUUUGGAAACCGACAGAGUCAGACCUGUGGAAGAAAAGCAAAAUGAGGAACUGGGAAAAGUGAGGAGAUGCGGAAACUGAGUGAAAUCAGAACACAGGCGGGCAGUCACUGAAGACUUGGAGCUGCAGCAGUUCAGAUUCGUUGUAAUGGGAUUCCUGUUUGAGUUUGGUCAUCACUCCUUCCACUAUUAUUAUAAUUAUUUAUGUUCCAUGUGGAAUUUGUAUUUUAUGUAAUCAAAUUAUUCUGGUGCGCACAGUUCUGACCCAAGACUUCCCCUUUUUUUUCUCAGUGGGAAAGCUUUUGGGAAGAGAAACAUGGUGCUGCAAGUGAAACGUGACUUUUGGCAGAGCCACACACCCACUUGGAGAAAUGUAUUAGCUCAGUCAUAGAUUUUCUCCUGCUGCAGUGGAACAUGGAGUUAUGUCAUACUGAGCGUAAAGCGUUUCUCUCGCUACUACAAGUGUAUCAUAAUCUAUCGUGUCGUUAGGUUUGACAAAGGUCAACAUGCUGAUUUCGCUCCCCCUUUUCUUCUGCCUCGACAGCCUCUUUCCUGCAACAAAAGCUGUAUUGUUACUGUGUUUAUAUCUACUCCUGGUACUGUCCGUCUAAAGCUGGACACCAAGACAGGCAUGGCAGAGCUGACUACAUUUCUGGAGCCCUUAGCAGUUUUUGUUCCUGAGACCAAGUGAACAUAAAUGGCCUGAAAAGAAAACAUGGUUAAGAGGCUAAACUGGGAAUUCAGUCACUGAUGUGAGGUUAUCAUUUGUAUAACAUAAAGAAAUGCGUGCUGGUCUUAAAGGGAUAUUCUGGCGUAAAUUUCAGUUAGGGUCAAACACACCAUAACACCGAGUUAGACACCCUCCAGAGAUGAACGUCACUGACUGUUUGCUUCUCUUGUUAUACCAACCUUAGUAACGACCGCACAAUAGCAAUACACAGCGGUCUACGUCUCCACAUGUAAACCUCAACCAAAACGCCACUCUAUAGCAACAAAUAAUGCUCAGAACAGCACCUAACUUCAUCAACAGGACAUAUAGGGUCCCAGCCAUAGUACUAGCCACCAAACAUCACAACAAAGUCAAUCACCGAGUGCAGCGGGGUUUCGCAGCUCAAGGAAGAACAUUUAUGAUUGUUACCUCAUGGAAUUGUACUCAGACCAAGACGCUAAGGCAGAAGAACUACCGUGUCUGCAGUGUAAAAUGAUUAUUAUUAUUAUGAUUAUUACUUCAUGGAAAUGAUCCGCUGCACUCAGUGAUCGACUGGUCAGGGCUCCCCCACAAACAAGCGGCUGCUGGAGGAGAGAGGGUGAGUUGUGUUUAGACUCUUUGCUAAAGAAAUCAGGCAAAGUUAAAAAGAUGUUUGGUGGGUAGUACUAUGGCUGGGACCCUAUAUGUACUGUUGAUGAAGUUAGGUGCUGUUCUGAGCAUUAUUUGUGGCUAUAGAGUGGCGUUUUGGUUGAGGUUUGCACGUGGAGACGUAGACCACUGUGUUUUGCUAUCGUGCGGUCUUUACUAAAGUUGGUAUAACUAGAGAAGCAAGCAGUCGGCAACAUUCAUCUCCCCAGGGGGUGUCUAACUCGGUGUUACGGUGUGUUUGACCCUAACUUAAAUUUACACUGGAAUAUCCCUUUAACCUCAAAUGUAAAUGUUUGAGUUUUUGGGGUUUGGAAGGUGAAAUGUAGUCCACAUUAGAUACAUGAUUUCAUGAUUUCAGCUUCUCAAUAGUUCAGGGUAUCUUUUGUUGUAUUGGAUUGUUUUGUUUCAUGGUUUGCCAAAUGUUUUUGAUCGGCAGCCAUCGGGGACCAGUACAGCACCCUGACCCCCCCGUUUUUGUAGUGCACCCCACUGGGAAACAAAGCUUCUGCAAGUGGAUUUUGAAUUUGCUCCUGUGGUGACGUAAUGACCGAAGUGAUACGGAUAGUAGGCAUGCAAAAUUUGCUCCUACUCCUCGAGCAUUCCACUUCCUCCUACACUGUUGUGGUUUGACAUCUGAGCUGCAGAGUGAAGGUGUCAAAGGUUAGAGCCAGGCACACCAACUGCUCUGUUGUUGGCUGCUAGAACAGUCUAAAAAUGUCCAUAUUCUGUCUCAGCUCUGGAGGACCAAAGAUAAAAGUGGGCUCUUUUUUUAUUGUGAAGGAACUUGCUGGCUUCAGUUGGUGCUAAUUGGUUUGUUUGUGUGAAUCACUGCUUUUCUUACUGCUUCAACAACCACAAAAUGUUACACAUGAAAACCUAGAAGUAGUAAUAAUACCCAGAUAUGUUGUACCUCUCUCAGAGACAUGCUGCUGUAGUUGUGGAUGCAAAAUUUGACACAAACAAGGUUGUGUAAGCAUCAUAUAACUGACUGCAAACAUGAAAGGGUUAAACAUGUCUGCCAUUGGCUCUUCGUCGUUUUUGUACAAACUCGGAGCAAGCUGAGAAGUUUUCUGUCCCUUAAUUUGUGUUUUUGUUUUUUUUUGCAAAUGAAUUUAAAACUUUACCAUCAAGAUCACAAUGUUGUGUUUUAAAUAGCUAAAAAUUCAGUUAAAUCACCUCAUAGACGACAAAAUUCUUAAAUUCCUUGCAGAUUUAUUGUAAGGAACAUAACUUCUAUAGAUGUAUCAAGUGCCUGUUGAAAGCAACUCACAGAGUCUGUCACUGAAAUUGUUAAACUGGAACUUUUUAUGUCAAGGAACACAAUGUUUGACUCGUUUUUGAAGCAUUGUCUCUUGCAUUUUUGUAGUACAGACAAUAGUUUAAAUUUCUAAGUGUUGAAAUGCUAAACUUUGAUUUUUCACUUGCUUGGUUGGACAGUUGUCAUGGUAUGCUCGUGAGAAAAAUACCAAAAUCUGAACUUGGUGUCACAGUCCAUCUAAAGUUCACAGCAAUCUAAGUGACUAUUAUCUGUGUUGUCUAAUAUCAUACCUCAAAUGACUAUUGGCCUUUAUAACGUAAAGCAGAAGUAUCAUAGAUAAAAACCUCAUAUAAAGUGACCAAAAAGAGAGAAUACCAAAAACCGGAUCAGAAGGAGUGGUAUCCAUUACUGUGGUCUAGUAGUCUCAAAGUUUUCCUCUGGUUUUUGGCUUCUUCCCCCAUGGAAAUAUGUUAUCUCACAAACCCUUCUGCGGCGGGGGACGACAGCUGGGCGAGAAAAAAAUAUACUGAUAUCAACCCAAGAAGGCAAUUAAACACAAAUAUUAUAUUCAGCAAACCCCCGGGCGUUGAUUAACGUGGACGCUCUUCAAUCUUCCUGUCUCCAGCCGGUCACCCGUAUGUUGGGGGUGUUCUGAGCCAGGCUGUUACCUGUGAAACGAUCUCUAGGUCGUCCUCAGACGAGCCUUUCAUCGUCGCCUCCACUCAUCCCGAUUCUCCAUACAUCUCGCCAGUUCCUUGGUACUCGGAGCUCCUGCAUCCUUUAGUUAGUUAGUGUAGGACGUCCUUUUGACCGAUGCCCAUGUGUUGGUUCCCACAGCACCAAUUUGCUGGCUGGCAUUUCCCGGUGCCUUUGGCAGUGUCCUGCUAGAAGAUCUUCAUUCUCCUUACAGCAAUCUUCUUGCUCACCCUUGGUAUUCCCUCGUACAGCGUUCUGUUGGUUACUCAUAAAAUAUUCCAUUAGCACUUGGUACGUUCCUCCUGAUGAAAUUAACCAUAGACUGUAAAUUGACGGGGAAAAAAAUUGAGUCGACCAAUCAGAAUUUUAGUCGAUGCAGCAUGUUGUCGAUUAGGACUUCACAGCCCUACCUUACAGAGGCAGAUAGUCCAUCAUCACACAUUCAGGGUCAUCGUUCAGAGAUGUCCUGUUUGAACUCUUGUAGCGAUGGUGUAGGCUGAAACCAAUCCCUGAAUAGAGACAACUGGUGUUUUAAGGCGACAUCUGUUCUCAAAGCAGUGAACAAGGACUAGUUAGAGACUUGCAGGGUCAUGUCAAAGAGUCGCACAACUCUCAGCGGAGUGAUGGUUGGAGUAUGUUGAGGAGAUAAUGAGCGUGUGACCUUCAGGAACCCUCCGUCCCUCAACGAUGGGUCUAUUUUUGGUGUUUGUUUAGGUUGUCCUUUCACUUGUGGAAGAAGUUGUUUUUCUGGAUGAUUAUGUCAGAAUAAAUGACGUAGUCCAGCGGAUUCCCACAGACUCAUACUCGCAUUCACGUGUGUGGUAAGGUGAGAUUCAGUUUUUCCGCUCAACCUUCUGCUUUGUGAAAAUGUUUUCCCCUCAAUCCCCUGUUUCCUGGUUCGUUCGAGUGGAAUGUUUCUGUUCAAAGGCGUUUUGCAUUUUUUCACAGUGGAGUAUCAGCGCUCAGUGUUUCCCGUCUUUCCAGUGAGAACGGCUUUGAACCGUAACACAGCUGGCAAUGCCUAAACGUAGGCACACAGAUAUACGCAGGCAUACACACAGAGGCAGUGAUUCAGGGCUUAGUCAGAUAAAGUGAAUGUUUGAGUUUGCACUUACACAAACUCUUAAAAGACAAUUUUCUGGGGAACGCAGCGAUGUUUGUUUGUGUGUCUGAAGACGUUUGGGACAAAUCUCACACACGUUUAUUCGUGAUACUUACCGUAAAUUGUAAUAUCUUUAUUCCCUUGUUAUUAAAUGAUCAACAGCCCUCUUACUCUCUUUCUCCCUCCCUCCCUUUUUGCAGAAUAGUUCGUGAUUAUCUAAGUGGAGCUCCAUUUUCCUCCUACCAGGAGUCCAUGUAUUUCUCUCGUUUCCUGCAGUGGAAAUGGUUGGAGAGGUGGGUAGUCACUGUAUAUUACAGAGUCAGUAAACACAAAUGAAAACCAUUUCUUUUCUUUACACGAGAAUGUCAGGAAUGAUGUUAUGUGCAUCGUAAGAUGAGGUUUACAUAAUUUUUCCAAAUUAAUUUGUCUGAUUGGAACACUAGAAAAUCUACUUUAAACUUCCAGAACACACUUUAGCACAAAAAAUUUAUAAUUACUUUUUUGUUUCUUUAAAUUUUAUUUUAAGCAAGGACAAAUACAUAGAAGUGACAAACAAAACAGCAUACAUAUCUUAGAUAUAUAAAACAACUUUCAUAUUAAAAAAAAUACAUCAAUUCAGAAACAGAAAAAGAAAAAUAAAACAUCAAAAAAACAAACAAACAAACAAACAAACAAACAAAAAAAACUCCUCAACCCAAACUUGUGUUAUUGCAAAUUUUUGCCAACCAUCUAGGUCUAGCUUUUUUAUUUUUGGUUUUUGUCAUAAUCCAAGUCAAUAAGUCCUGAUGUUUCAGGAAUAUUGUGAAAUGAAAACAGUUUGUAUUUCUUACAUGAGGAUGUCAGGAAUGAUAUUAUGUGCAUUGUUAGAUGAGGUUUACAUAAUUUUUCCCAUUUUUUGUUAGAUUUGAACACUAGAUAAUCUACUUUAAUCUUCCAGAACACACUUUAGUUCAAAAAAUAUAUAAUUACAUUUUUUUUUCUUUAAAUUUUAUUUUAAUCAAGCACAAAUACAUAAAAAAGACAAACAAAAACAGCAUACAUACCUUAGAUUUAUAAAACAACUUUCAUAUUCAAAAAUAUACAUCAACUCAGAAACAGGCAAAGAAAAAUAAAACAUAAAAAAAUGCAUAAUUUUUCCCAUUUUAUUUGUCUGAUUUGUACACUACAUAAUCCCUUUUAAACUUCCAGAACACACUUUAGCACAAAAAAUUAUUACUGCAUUGUUAAAAUUGACUGAAAGACAGCUCAGACCAAGCAAAAACACACACAUCCCAAAACAAACCACACCGUCCAAACAAAACUGAAGCAGGAAGGAGAACUGAAACACUAAAACGCUACAGCUCAUCAGAGUUGUAGUUAAUAAUAUUGUGAAGCACCGCUCUGUUCGCCUCAUCUCAUGUUAAUGCCAAAUAAAGAAAUAACCUAGAAGUUGUUCCGUCUCUCUCUCUCUGCUCAACAUCUGUCUCUGUUUUCUUUUAAUCCCUGCAGGCAACCAGUAACCAAAAAUACCUUCAGACAUUAUAGAGUACUAGGAAAAGGUGGAUUUGGUGAGGUGAGUGUCAGGAAAAGAAGAGAGUGUUUCAUGCCUUAUUGUGGUCAUUUCAAGUCUUUUUACACUGCCAACCUCAUGACUACAUGUUGCCGCUCAUCUUCCAGGUUUGUGCCUGCCAAGUACGUGCCACCGGUAAGAUGUACGCCUGUAAAAAGCUGGAAAAGAAACGAGUGAAGAAGAGAAAAGGUGAAGCAAUGGCACUAAACGAAAAACGCAUUUUAGAAAAAGUUAACAGUAGUUUUGUAGUAAGUACUACCUUUUUCUUAUUCAAACUUUCAAAAGAGAUGUACCUGUUUUGUUUUAUCUGUGUGUGCGUGAGUGUGCGUGCGAGUGCAUGUGAGUGAGUGUGUGUGUGUGCAUGCAUGCGUGCGUGUGCAUGUGUGAAUACUGUUUGUUUGAACACCAAGAUCCUGCAAAUGAAAUUAAAUCGUGUGUUUGCAAAGGUUUUCUAUGGGCUGUAAAAGACGGCUCUUUCCAUUGAGUCGUGUUAGUUUUAUGACAUCCGUGCUAAGUGGACGAGCUUGUGAUGGUAAAUAUAAUUUACAUCAUUUAUUACUGGUGGCAGCUCAGCUGGUCAGCGAUCCCAGCCAAAUCCAAAUUCAUUUAGGUAACAAGCCUUUCAUUCUGCCUGUGCAAACAUUUCUAAUUUGAUUUCAUUUGCAUCAUGAUACCAGCCGUAAAUCAUUUGCAAAUGUGAAUUAUUUAUGUUAACUCUGUUUGACAGGUUUACGUCAUAAUAUGUGUGAAAACUAACUCAAAAACCUCCACAGUUACUUUGGUCUGAUUUGAUCUGUCUUUACGCUACGGCCUUACAAUGAUGGGGUAUUUUCAAACGUCCUUGUGUGACUAAAACGGCUCAGACCUGGACUAACCGUUCGAUGAGGCUGACUCUUUCACAAUACAGCUCUAAUCCUGUGUGGUGCAACUGAAAAAAUCAAGUGAAACCUUAGUCAGUUGAUUUAGAAACCACCACACCCAUAAUAAACAGAAAACUACAUGACUUAUGUGAAUCAAUGCAGAGUCAUAACCACUGGUUUUAACUAAAGCUUUGAUGCAAAGAUUUACGAUUCAUAGAGAGACAUGAUGCUUUCUUGAGGUUAAAAUGAAACUUUUUGAAUUUUAAUCUUGCUCGAAAGCAUGAUUAUAAAAGCGAAAAUAUAAGCCAGAAAACUAAUGAUGUGAUCCUGAUCUUUUAUUUCAUCCAACUGUAGGACCAUCUUUAAGGGAUAUUCCGGUGUAAAUUUAAGUUAUGGUCAAACACAACAUAACACCGAAUUAGACAACCCCUCAAGAGAAGAAUGUUGCCGACCACUUGCUUCUUUAGUUAUACUGACUUCAGCAAUGACCGCACGCUAGCAAUAUACAGCGGUCUACGUCUUUACACGUAAACUUCAACCAAAAUGCCACUCUAUAGCCACAAAUAAGGUUCAGAACAGCACCUAACUUCAUCAACAGUACAUAUAGGGUCCCAACCAUAGUACUAGCCACCAAACAUCAAACAAGUAGAUCACCAAGUGCAGCGGAGUUUUGCAGUUCAAGGAAGAACAUUUGUGAUUGUUACUUCAUGGAAAUGCAAUCAGACUGAGACGCUGAGGCAGAAGAACUACCGCGUUUGCAGUGUAAAAUGAUUAAUAUGAUGAUUAUUACUUCAUGGAAAUGAUCCGCUGCACUCGGUGAUCGACUCGUCAGGGCUGCCCCACAAACAGGCGGCUAUAACAAGUUUUGACCGUAACUUAAAUUUACGCCAGAAUGUCACUUUAAGUUUUAAAGAUUAGAGCUUAGAGCUUGCUUUGGGUCUGACAUAAGUUAUUAAAAAAAACAACAAAAAAGACCUUUUUUAUUUUAGACUGGACCACGAUGAGGCUGUUGUGGUGUGUUAGUUAAUUUCAGGUAUGUUGGUGUGUAUAGCACUGUGAACUGUACCACAUAUCUGAAGCUAAAAGCUGUGUUUAAGUUGACUUGGAGUAUUUGGUUCUGAUGUUGCAUGUUCUUAUUUUGAGAGCAUAAAAGCAGAACUGUGUACGGGCAUUUGUGGGUGUGCAUGCAUAUACACACACAAAAAAACACACACACACACAAACACACACCCGCUGAUGUUGGCUUGUUAGAGAACCUCAGACCUGCAGCUUGUGUCACCUGGGAUUGGCACAUGAUUGUGUGUGUGCGCGUGUGUGUGUGUGUGUUUGUUCUCUGCGCUGCAGGCAGAACCGAUGACUCUUCAUGUGCCUCUCAACCUACGAGAGUAGCUCUGUUGCCUAGCAACUCUGACCAAACAGCAGUAGAAAGGAGAAGAGUCAAGUGCUCUCUCAUACCCCUCAUUUUUCUCUCUCAUGCUAUUGUUCUUUACCUUUUUGAUCAGUGCAUCAUACUAUCAUUCAAGACAAACUGUUUUAAUCAAUAACCCAGGCUUAUAUUCGGUGUGGGGGUGUACAGAUGCCAUAGAUGCCUGUGUGAGACACAGGACAGGGUCUCUGUAAUCUGAAAUCUGCAUUAACUUCAGAUUAUGCUCAGUACUUGUCUGAUGUUGUGAUCUUGAGCAGGUUUAACUUUCUUUUGGCUGAUGAACCAAAAGUGAUAGUAGCUCAUUUAUCUGAAAGUAAAGCUUUAUUUUCCUGAAUGAAACAGAAAAGGCUUGUAGAUGUGAAGUGAUCAAAAUUUAAGUAACCAAUAAUAACCUUUAAAUUAAUUCAAGGACUUAUGAAUUAGUAAUUUCUCCAGUAUGAAAAUCUUAAAGUUUUUGUGCUGAGGGUGAAGCAGAGAACUCAAAUAUUUUAAUUUUUAAUCUUUUGGGAAGGGAAGGAGAUGUCUUCUCAACCCAAAUCUUUGCUGCUUUUAAUCAUUUUACUUAUUUCUCCUUUAGAUUCAUCUCAUAAAAGUUGGAUGGUCUCUUCCAUUCUACCAGUUAGGGCUGCACGAUUAAUCGAUUUCAAAUCAAAAUUUCCUACAUUUCCUGUGCAGCGUUAAAGCACCACUUAAUGGCUUGGCAUAUGCACUCCAUCAUUUUCAGUGGUUUUGUUUUGAGAGAUGAUAGAAAAAUUUAUUAUUUUUAAUUGGUGAAGUUGUCACUGAAUUACACAUACAGAAAAGCAAGCCCAAAAAAGCGCACCUGCGGCUCACGACUUUUACAAGCGACUUCUGAAAGAAACAACCCUAAAGUCGCUCAUAAUAGGCAGACUUGGCAACUCUACGGCGUCUACGCAUAUUUUGCCGAUGUUUAAACUUGUCUCUAUUCACAAAUGCAGAUCUAGGAUGUACGCACGUGCGUCCAAAUGGAAAUAAAACAACGGCUAGGUUUUCAAAAUAAAAGCAACACACUUGUAUGGCAUGUUGAUUAUUUGAUUGAUGGACCUCGCAAAGGGCCGGGCAGGGACAUCCAUAGGGCUGUAUGUGGCACACGGGCCGUAAAAUGCCCAGAUCUGUUAUAGAUGAUCUCAAUUCAGGUCGAAUGGCAAUCAUGUACAACAACUGUUUUUUACACAGGACUGUACCUGUGCAUACCAGAAAGUUCACGAAUAGCAUAAACUUAUUAUUUGAUGGUGUUGAUUUGAAACAGGGUCUACAUGUCAGGUCAAAGAAUUGGGUUACUGUGAUUUGUCAAAUUGAGUUAUUCCUACUAUAAAAUCAGCCUCGUCUCAUCUGAACUGCACAGAAAUCUCUGUGGGUCGCUCCUCAUGUUUAUUUAGGUCCACUGUGGUACAUGUUUGCUUGUCCUUACCUCUGAGCGCUUCACUCUGCCUGUAAGACCUAUUCCAAUCCCCCCUGGUGGUCAGUGAGUGCGUAGUCUAGUCUGUUACAGAUGUGAUUCCUCCCCAUGGCGGCUACGUCCUGCUUACACACAACAGCACAUAUAUACACAAACUAUACCCUGUGUGUCACUGACCUACAAAGGGGGAGGGGGAAGCUGCAGAGUCAGUGGGAAAGGACUUCAGGCAGUGUAGUACAGAGUGAAGAAGAAGAAGAUGAUUCUGGUUAUCCAUGUCUGUGAAUUGUGAAAUAAUGGAUGUGAUGUAACGUGUCAAAUGUUUUCAGCCUCCCUGCUUCAUACCCCUGCCUUCUCACUUGAUCUCUCACCCUCCUAUUUUCUACCUUCCCACAUUUUCCUCCCUCUCCAGGUAAGUCUAGCUUAUGCCUAUGAGACCAAGGAUGCGCUGUGCCUGGUGUUGACCAUAAUGAAUGGCGGUGACCUUAAGUUUCACAUCUAUAACAUGGGCAACUCGGGUUUUGAUGAGCAAAGGGCCAUCUUCUACGCUGCUGAAAUCUGCUGUGGCCUUGAGGACCUGCACCGUGAGAGGAUUGUCUACAGGUUAGGUCAAACAGGGUUUAGAAGAAGGUCGGGCCAGAGUUUCAAGGGGGAAGCGCUUCCUGAGGGUUUAAUGGCAGAAUGACAAAGGUCCAUGUAUUAUCUGUCCAUUCAAUUAUUCUGUUCAAUCUAGUACAUGAAAAAAACGAGUCAAUAUUUUGUUUGUUUUUCUGAAUAGCCAAAAAAUAAAAAAUUAAUGUUUGUUUUCGUAUUUUCAGCUCAAAACAGAAUAUAUAAUAGAGAAGGAAAUGAAAUGAAACAGUACCUAUUCCUCCACCUACAGUAUACCUUCAGUUUUUUAGUUAACUUAAAUUUCACUAAGUACACUGAUGGAUUGGACUUUGUUUCACUCAGAUUAGAUAAACCUGACCACACAACUUAGCUAUAAAUGUGUUUAUUUUAAUACAUUUAAAUAAAAUUGUUGCUGACAAAUGAAUGUCUACAUACUGUAUGUCCUUUUUGUCUCACAGGGAUUUGAAACCUGAGAAUAUCCUCCUGGAUGACCGUGGUAUGUUCAAACUUUCUCUGUUCUUUUUUUUUUUUCACAAGUGUGAGAUAGAUAAUGUCUCAGUCGAAGGCUGAAAAGACAUCAAGGUCUUUAUGUCGAACCCUUUUCUUUGAGAUAAGAGCCAGCGGCAUUUGUAUCCUGUAUUUAUCAUCUUUAAAUACAAAUUACCUCCGAUAACUUUCCAGCAUUGUUUAUUAAAUGUUGUUUUCUCACGACUCUGUCAUUAAAGAUCGUUUUGAAGUUAAUUGGCUUUAAUUAGGGCACUAUGACUGCACCUUUGCACUCGAGGCUAAAUUAAACUCAAAGUUUAACUGGAAAAGUGCAUAGUUUUAGAUAAUAAUUAUGUGUUUAUCUGUCUCUCAUCAAUCUGGGGCUAUUUUUCAGGACACAUCCGAAUUUCAGACCUGGGCCUUGCGGUUCAAAUUCCUGAAGGAGAGACGAUACGAGGGAGAGUGGGCACUGUUGGAUACAUGGGUAAACAUUUCUACACCUCAGACAUUUUUUGACUUUCUUUGGUACUAAUGUACGGAGGCAAUUUGCAUUCAAGAAAAAAAAAGGAAACAUUUUUUAAUUUUUUUCUGUUCUGUUUUAAUGUUUUAAUUUUUUAAAUUUUUUUUCUGUUUUUUUCAGAGCAUUUUUUUCUGUUUUUCAGAGUAAUUUUUUGUUCUGUUUUUUUGGACCAAAUUUUUUUCUGUUUUUCAGAAUUAAUUUUUUUUUCUGUCUUUCAGAGUAAAAUGUUUUGUUUUUUUUCCUUUUUUUCCUAAUAGUUUAGUUUUCAUAUCUCAUAAUAGUUUUUCCUGUUCUCUUGGAUCACGAUAAUUUAAAAACAGAGGCUUUCAUUCCCCUCUGCUUGAUUUAUUGGAAGCAAACAUGGCCGACUUGUUGGGUUUAAUCAAGUUUUACUUUCUUUUGAAUUUGAGACACUGGGAGAUGCUCCUUUUUUUUUAAGUCUGAUCGAUGGAAUUGUCAUAAGUUUGUCUACUUUGCACAGCCCUAUGUUUAACUAAUAACAUGCUUUACUCUCUUUGACCCUGUAGUUUAAAUUAUCUAGGAGCUGGAGAAUCUGCUGAUUUGGCACAGCCGCGGUGGUUAACGUUAUCUGAUUGUAUGAGGUUCUCGCAGGAUCUUAAAGUAUCUGGUUUAGUUAGGAGAAAAAAAAUAGUCUGAAUAGCAGAAAGACUGAAAAAAAAAUUGUCAGAAAAACAGAAAGAGGGGAAAAAAUAUUUGUACAGAAAAGCAAGAAAAAAAUGAGUCAGAAAAACAGCAAAGAAAAAAAAAAUACUCAAAACAGUUCUUUUUUUUUUUUUGUAAGUGAAUGCAGUACACUUCCAUACUUGUGAACCUCCUUAAUUACGUCUGUGUUAUUAUGUUCAGAUUAAAAAUCUGCCUGUGAUGCCCUCUCUUUCUUCACUUCUCACUCCCGCCUGCCUCAGCUCCUGAAGUGAUCCAGAAUGAGAGCUACACCUUCAGUCCGGACUGGUGGGGGCUGGGCUGCCUGAUUUUUGAGAUGAUACAAGGCCAGUCCCCAUUCCGCAAGCGCAAGGAGCGUGUCAAGCGGGAGGAAGUGGAUAGACGAGUGCGUGAAGACCAGGAGGAGUACUCGGAUAAGUUCUCGGAGGAGGCAAAACAUAUCUGCAGACAGGUGAGGGGGAGGUGCCACGGUUGACAGAGUUAACUUUGAGGUUGAGUAUGGAUGGGAGAGGAGUGGAAGAACAAAGGGAGCAGAGGGGAGGCAAAUGAGGAGGGAAGUUAGAGAUGUAUAUCCUGAAAAAACUCAGUGUUUUAUAAUUUAUAUGAUAAACUUCAUUCAAAUAGCUGACAGUAGUUCUUUAAGCAGCCUUGACAGCACAAAAAAACUAAGUUACAAAGUUGUACCAACUUUGAGGAAGAAUGCAACAUUGCUUCAAAUGUUUCACUGCGCAGAAGCUAAUAUUUUUCUCUGGUUAAAUACAAUACCGUGCAUUUUUGAAGUAGCCCGUGGAAAGCUUCCUGUUUGGGUCCGUGGUUUGCAUGCUUUGCCUCUGAGUAGGAGGGGAUUAGAUGCGUGACGUGGUGGAACAUUGUGACCCGAGGUUCAGCAGAUUCAAAGAGUCCUGAAGGGGGGGCGGGGGAAUGUGGGGAGAGAUGGCUCAAAAUAGACAAGUGAUCGGAGUUGUCAAGAGCAGAAAGUGAGAGUCUGCUUUGAACCCCUGCUCGAAUUAGGCAAGGGUUGCACAAGGACGAGGUAAACAAAGGAAACAAACGAGAAGUGUGGUGAAAAAGUGGGAUGCACAUUAAACACCUCAACCCCUUAACUCUUAAAUUUAAUCUAGAAGCUCUUUUAGAGACACCAAUAUGACAAGGCUUAGGGUUAGACCAACUGUUACCGAUGUACCCACAUAGAUUUGUAUAGAUUUGAGUUGUUUCAUUCUUUGUAAAUGUCGGAUAUAUGAAGCUAUUCUUUGUCCAUUUAAUCAGAGUUUCAAUGUCGCCCUCAUGUUGUGUAUCAGCUCCUCGCUAAGGACCCCAAAGAGCGACUGGGUUGUCAGGGUCAAGGGGCCAUAGAGGUCAAGCAGCAUCCCAUCUUCAGAAACAUCAACUUCAAACGGCUGGAGGCGAACAUGUUGGACCCUCCUUUCAGCCCUGAUGUAAGAACGCACACACAACUCACACAAGAUUUGCACAGUUCUUGUAGACUUACAGCUUACUGGGUUGGAUAUUAGUGUGUGGGAAAUGGCCGUGCCAUCAGGGGACAGGAAAGCUCCCACAGUCAUCUGGUUUUCUAUGUGGCCAGUUGUAAGAAAGGUUUUCCCCUUUAGUUUAAAAACUAAGGACCACAAACCUUUUCUAUGCGUUCAAUAGAAACUAAUGUAGAACAGUGCAUGGCUAUAAUAGUAGUCUUUUUUUUUUUUUUUCCUUUAGUGCACUGCUGCUUGUAGAGAAAGGUGUUAUACAUUACAUAUAUAUUCAGAAAUCACGUGAAACACUCAUGCUGUAUAAAAAUCUAUGUAACUUAGUUUCGUAUAGGUCUAUUAUUCCCUCUUUCAUUGUCCCUCCUCCUCUCUCUCUCUCUCUCUCUCCCUCUCUCUCUCUCUCUCUCAGCCUCGGGCUGUUUACUGUAAAGACGUCCUGGACAUUGAGCAGUUCUCCACUGUCAAAGGUGUGAACCUUGACCCCACGGAUGACGACUUCUAUCACAAGUUUGUCACAGGCAGUGUCUCCAUCCCGUGGCAGAACGAGGUACUGCAGGCUCAGACAUCCAGGAUGAUGUCAUCAUUCAGUUCCACAACAUUUUCAAUGCAGCAAAGCAGCAGAGACUCAUCAAUAUGUGGAUAUAUGUUUAGACUGUAUAUUAAAGUGCUGCCUUGCUCACCCCCUGCUGUUAGUGAGGUGACAGUGGCCUUAAAGGACAAGAAGCUUUUUCUAAUGUAUUAUAAGAAUGAACCUCCAGGUCCUUACCUCUGGAAAUACCAAUUAAAACAGAUUGUUUUUUGCACAACAACCACUACUUCUUCUUUCAAACAGUCCAUUUGAACAAGAUACGAGGACUUGUAUAUCUCAAACAUAUCAGUGCAAGAUGGCAGGAAGAAACCUGCUCUGAUGUAGAUAAAAAUUAAUUAAGCCAACAAAAACUUUUAUAUUCAGGUGGUUAUAUACUCAUUUAACCAUACUUGGGAAUAUUAAUUUUCAUUUCUAUCAUGUCAUCAUGUUUGAUUACUUCUGCAAAUUCCUACACACUGCACCUUUAAAUGCCUCCUGCUUACAUCACUUCCUUUAAAGAUGGUUAUAUUAUAGAUAGAUAUCACCCAAGUGACGAAAUUGUUCCUUUUCAUGCCAGAUUUGACCUUCUCUCUUAUACUUUAUAGAUGAUCGAGAUGGAGUGCUUUAAAGAAAUUAAUGUCUACGAAACUGACGGGACGCUUUGCUCAGACCUGGACGUAAACAGGCCCAAUCCUCCACCAAAGAGAGGCUUCUUCUACCGCCUGUUCAGAAGAGAGGCAAGUGCUAGUGCUCCGCCAACUGUCAGAGGGGGUGGGGGCUAAGGUACUUCCUACUUUCCUUCCUUCCUUCCUUUUUUCCAGGCCUUGUCCAAACUCAACAAACUUGAACUCCAGUUGAUAUAGUCAGGGGCACAAUUUUUCACAGAAGAUGGGUAGACUGAGGCCUCUCUCUUUUUUUCUGUGUCCCAUGGCUGAAAAGUUCUUGUUUUAUAUAUUUUUUCGAUUUGUUACUUUCACACUUUUGCUUACAUGAGGCACCUUUGCUUUGCUUCUGAUCCUCUUAAGACUUGAUAUUGAGCUCUUGUUUUGAAGAUGCGUGGGAACUAAAUGUUUGUGAAAGGUAAAUUAUUCUCAUAUAUUUCCAUGUUUGCAAGAGCAACUAAACCAACGGGUUAUUUUGACUUUGUUUCACUUUUCUUCUAUGACAGAGACCUUCCCUUUUGUACUGAGCUCUAUAUCUACUGUGUUUGAACUGAACUUCCCUUUGAUUUUAAUCCUGUAACUGUGAUUGGGGACAGGGAGGACCUUCCACUCUGAUUUUGUCCCGUAGAUUUUUGUAGUUUCUUCUUUAAUUCUGACAUGUAAACAUAAUGUUGGGCUGUGAAAAUUUGCAGAUCUGCUUCAGCUGUUAUGAUUACAAUCUGUUGUCAGAAACAAGCUUGACAGGCAGCAGUGAGUGCUAAACUGGAUUCUACACAACCAAGAUUGAACGUGGAGAACUCAGGAUGCAAACAAAACCAAACCAAAGUAGUUUUAAGACACUACAAAUGGAGCAGACCAAGACUUUACUCUUCAUUUUAUUAUUAUUUAAAGUUUUUGUAUUUAAGUUUAUGUCUUUUAGAACAAUCUUCAACAGUGGUAAGGAAAUCUUCCUUGUAGCAGGCAGAAACCAUGGGCAGAACCGGCCGAUUGUUUAACACUUAUCUGCUGUGACUAUAUCUGUAUGUUUGUGUAGAUAUUAUGUGUCUAAAGUUUCUAAUCUAGAUUAUUCAAAUAAUAUAUAAACUGAGAUAUUUUCAGAUGUAAAAGUAAAUCAAAAAAGCUACAAAGAAAGACCAAAACAAAGGCUAAGCGAUACACUGUAUAUAGAAUGGACGCUGUCUGCCUCCACUGUAAGAACAGCACCCUCUGGUGACGGGCCGCAGUAUAGGUCAUAAAUCCUGCGUCUUCCAGCGAUCUCUAUGGAGCUGUGGACAAACUUUAGAAAUUAAUUACACAGAAUAUAAAUUUUUUUCCCCUCUGGUUGCGAUGUUGACAUGUAGUUAUUGUAAGACUGGUUUGUGCUCAAGUCCUCUUUUUUCUGUGCAGCUCCAUUUUUGAACGUUAUUAGGGGGUUUGUGUUUUCUAUGAUUGACACUUGAUACAGCCUAUGGGCUUACGAAGAUUGCGUAGCUCACCCAGGGGAUACGCUGUUUGAGCCGAGCGUCAUCACAGCGACUCUCUCGCUGAAUGCAUAAAAUGCUACUGUGCAAGUGGUGGUUCAAGGAAUUGGAGAAAAUCCUGGAAAUUCCGAGAGCAAUUCGGCUUCAAAUUCAUCUUAUGAUGGAAGCCAAGUUGUCCAUAGUAUAUACAGUCUAUAGAAUAAACUCAGUUAUCUUUGGUUAUGGACUUUUUUACAUGCAAGCACCAGAAAGUCAACAUAUCAGGUCUGUCUGUCUUGGAAAGUAGGAUUCAUGUUGAAAAGUUGUCUGCUGUGACUGUAGUAGACUUGCACAAGUGGAAGAGAGGUAGAUGUAGGAAAGAGGGUGAAUUGGGGAGUACUGAUAGUAACACAGUAAGUUGUACAUUGUGCUGUUCAGUCUUCUGUUAUUCUCAUGUCAAUCACUAAUGGCUUUUUCUCACUGGCUUGGUCUAUGCAGUAUUCCAACUCUCUCGCAGUUGAGUUUAAGGUCUGGUUUUCUAGCUCGGGUGAGCUCAGGCUGUCAGAGGAGUCUGAUAUCGUACACAAACGCAGGUCGUAUACUGAUAGAAAUUGCUUGCAUAGUGACGUCCUCACUUUUUUCUUCGCAGGUGUGUUUUAAGAGCAGUUAUAGUGAUGAUGAGAUCGAAGAGCCUUCUCGACUUUAAACCACUCCACCACCUGCCUCCUCCUCCCCCCUCGCCGCUGAACUUCACUACAAACUCCAACCGAGCUCGAAACUUAGGAACUCAGUGAAUGUUGACCUGUAUUUAUGAGCUGUUAAAAGUGUAUUAUAAUUAAAGAAAAAAGUAUGAGUUUAAGAUUUUGUACAUUUGUACUUGAAUUUAUGUCUAGAUGUAUAUUUUCACUAAAGGUUGUAUUGUACAAAAAGCCAUAAAAGUACCACUUGAAUGCAUACAUUACAUUUUUUUUCCUGUUAUGAUUUCUUUUGGAUUGAGUAUGGAUAACGUGUGUCUGGGACUUUUUUGAAGAAGCACAGUACCAUUCACAUUUUUUUUUUAAUGUAGCAUUUUGCCUUUUUUUUUUAUCUGUGCUGUAUGUCAAUUAUUUGGCCAACAAGACCUGUUAUCAGUAAAUGAAUUCCACUCGGUCCAAAACUUAUCCUAGUCCUCUUUAGCCCUUCUAGAUCAGGUGGAUCCACAUGAAGCUCGUUUAAAAGAUAGGGAAUAAAUCUAAACUAAAGUUGAUGUGUUUAUGCCAUGUUGCUUAUGCCUGGGAAUAUAUUUUCAAGAUCUCAACCAACCCCCUUUUUAGUUUAGGAUGGUUAGGAAGCGAUUGUCCACCUCCUUCUCUAUACUUGUUAGCACACUGGCCUAAGGGGCAUGUGUAGUAAACAGUCCUCUUGAUACCUGAACAAAACACAAAUCUUCCAAAGUUAGUCAGCAUAUGAAACAACAAGAAUCUUUUAAGAAACAAAAGAGGCGGAAAAACUAUCAGUCCUGAACCUUCCCUAAAAUUUGUGCUCCCUUUUGAUCAGAUAAGUCUGUUUUUUAUUCACUAAAUAGUUUUUGGUCAUCUUAUUUUUAUUCCUUAUCUUUUCUUUCUGCUUCUUCUCACUUUGGCUCUUGACAAGCCCAUUCUUUAUGAAUCUGUUUCCAUGUGUGGUAGAGCAAAUUCUUUCCCUGAAGUUAUCCUGGUAAUUUGUUCCCCUUUAGGACUGAUAGACUGAAGAAAAACAGAGAAAGAUGAUACAGAAAGCAGAGUAUCACAGAUCUGGACCUGCAGCUGACAAGGGCUUCAUAACAAAUUGUGGUUGCAAAAAAAACCUUCCUUCUACUGAUCCAGCUGUCAGUAAUUUUGGGGCUGAGUUAGGAUGCAGCCUGUUUUGGCCCCUGAACCAGUUGAUCAUAGAUAGCAUAAUACCUCUUUGGCACAUAUCACCAGAUGCUCUCUUACGACUUGUGGCUUAAGCGUUUUUUUUUUUCUUUGCAGAUCAAAAUGAUAUUUCUUAAACAGAAUAUGACAUUAAAAUCCUUCGUUUUUCUCUGGCAGGGCUAACUUGAAACUGUGUUGGUAGACACGGGGGAAUCCUGUUAAAACUCCUUCCUGCAGAAUUACCAUCUGCUCUGUAAAGGAAGUCAGGAACCACUUCAGACCCAUAGGUGAUGUGCAGUAUUAUGACAUUUUAGAUAAACUUAUUCCUUCCAAGAUAACCAAUUAGUGACAAAUACAUUUUUAAGAUUUCCCAUCAUGUUUUAGUCAGGAUGUAUAAUGUUCACUUUUUUGUUUGUUUUCAUUGGCAUUGUGGAGGCCUGUUUGCUUCUCUUUGUUUUGAUUUUGAGGCAGUAGCUGUUUACCCAACACCACCUGUUAUAAUGCUGUGAAUACCCAGUCUGGACAUCCUAGGUGUGUGUGCGUGCGUGAGUGUGUGUGCAUUAGACUGUAUGCAAAUACAGCUUUUUAUUCAAUGUAGUGCAUUGAAAUACCAAAAAAAAAAAAAAAAACUAAAAAAAAAAAAAAAAGCGCGAAAUCAUGACAGGACUUGAAUGUCACAAGGUUGAACUUCAGACAACUAGAGACUGCUCAAUUUUAGAUGGUACGCAUGAAAUUCCCCAUCUCGAGGACUGAUUUGGAGAGUUGGUUCUUUUCUAGAAAAUGGUGUCCCCAGUUGCACAUUCCACUAUCAAAGUCAGGAAUCAAAUGCGUGCAUUAAGCUAUUUCUAGCUCAUGUUACGAGUUUCUUAGUCCUUUCUUUUCCGCUCAGGCACAUUUUGAAAUGGUUUCUGUUGCCUAUGUAGAUUUUAGCAUUUUAGCUCUUUAGCCUCAAAAACCUUGUAAAUGAUGUAUUUCUAACAUGUAUCUAAACUCUAACACACAUUCAGUCACUCUCACAGGGAAACUAAACUGUGUUUGCCAAUCAUGCCUCUGUCACUAUUUGAACUUUACUCUCAUGCCAUCCACAUUGCAGUAACAAAAAAAAAAAAAAAAAAAGUUUCAUUGCACUAUUGUGUGUUUUGACAAUGACUAUAGGAAGUGUCUUUAACUUUUUGCCAAUGUUACCAAAAGCUACUUUCAGUAAAUUUUAUUUGUUUAAGUGAAAAGAUAAACUGAAGAGAGACUGACAGCCUUUAUUGUACUGUAUGUGCCAAAUACAGAAUUAAGUUUGACAUCCUGCCUUUUAUCGAUCUCAUCAUUCCGUCCAUCCUGACAGAAAUUCCUACUCAUAAAGGAACUAAACAGCUCAACAGUUUUGAAUGUCAGCACUAAGUGCAUUGUAAUGCCUGUUUUAAAAAUUACAUAUGUUUUAUUACUCAAGCAUGUAUUGGUUUGUAAUACUUCAGGCUCCUUGUAAAUGUAAAUGAUGACCUUCUAGUGCCAACAUACAGUAUCUUACUGGUAUCUGACGACAACUUUAUAAAUGGCAAGGUAACCAGCUGAGUUGGCCCUGUUUGAAUACAUGACAAGCACUCCCUUCUCUCUUUCUUUACCCCAAGGUGGUGAUGAUGACUCCUCGCCCACUAGUAAAACUUGGCUGAUGCUCAAAAGCAACUUUAAACGAUAAUAGAUACUCAGUACCCUGAUGCCAUUUGACUCGGGUUCUUCAUUAAUGACUCUUCUUCGGUGAAUACCUGGGACCUCUCCCUCCUCUGCUCUGUCCAUAGAAGUCAGAUAAGUGUUAUUUUUAAGGAAGGGAGUUACGACAGAUGCAUUGUUUGUAUUCAAAUGGGGCCUUGGACUUCUUAAUUUUUCUUCUUUUUUUGUAUCUGUACAGUCAUGUCGUUCAACCACUGCAGUCAUUGUCAAUUCUUGUACAAGUUGUAUCACUGGUUGUUGUACCAUAUCUGACAUUUGUAAUUAUGAAAUAAUACACUGCCAUUUGUAUAAAAAAAUA